CUCGCUGCGGCUUUGACGUGCUCUGCUGCUCUUCGUUGGACACGCGCGUGUGUGUGUGAUUUCAGAAAAAAAUUUCAAGUGUUUGCUGUUGCUCAAAAAAAGCAAUAAAAACAAAAAAUAUUUAGCAAAGAAUUAAAAGAGGCUGAAGUGUGCGCCGAAAACUUGUUACGAGUGUCAAACAAGAAUAUCAAAAAAAAGUUUAAAAAUCAAUUAAAAUAAAAAAAUAAAUAACAAAAAUACAAAGCAUAUAAAAAUCAAUAAACGAAAGCUCAACUGUUCAAAGUGGGCAACGCUGGCUGGACGCGGUCAUAUGAAGUAACUUACACACACACACAAACAAACACUUGUGACAUUGCAGCAGAAAAUUAAUAAACACAACAACAAUAACAGCAAUAAGACCAAGAACAGCAUGCAGCACAUGGCUGCGCUGGAAAAAAUUUAACGAUGCCACAUAUUGUUGCAAUUGCUGCAGAAUGUGGAAUCUGGAAUAAAAAUGCACGCAUAAAUUACCGCGACAACGGCAGACAUUGAAAAAAAGAGCAAUAAAUUUGUACGCUGGAAUUUGCAGCAACUACCAAAUUAAGCGAACUGUGCAGCAAAGAAAAAAAGAUAAAAUAAAAAGCAACAACAACACACUAGAGUGCACUGCCAACCCCGAUAUAGCCGCAAGUUGCCACGCAUUUAGCAUUGGAAUGCUAGCCGUUUGCGUCAGCAGCUGUUGCUCUUGCGUUUGUUGUUGUUGUGGCAGUGACUUUUCUGCAGUGCGGCAGUUAAGGUGCGUGGCGCGCAUUCGCCAUUGACCGGAAAAUCAACGUCAACAUCAUUGACGUGCGCAACAUUUAAUGGCAGCACUGCAAGCAAACGCCAGCACACACACACAUAAACAUACAUAUGUGUAACGUCAGCUGCUGGUAGACGUGGCUGAGAGCGUGUCUUUUAGCCAGCCUGGGAACCAGCGUUAAGUGCGCUAUGCUGCCCGGAACCAAAGUCACAGCCAUAAGCUACGCAAGACGCAUGAAAAUAAAGCAAAGCAGCAAGCUAUAACAACAAAUAACGGAGAAAUAAAAAACAAAUUGUAAACUUGUAUGUUUGGAAAUCGAAUUGUAAAAUCAGCAGUUAAGUGCGUCGUCGCGCCUCCCCCACAUCAACACAACCGCCUUCGCCACGAUGGAGGAGGAUGUCUUAAAUGCGCUGCAGACGCGCACGGCCUACUUGGCCGGCGGCUACGAUCGCGCCGGCAAAAUUAUCGUCGUUGUUAACAUCAUCAAUGAUUUACAAUUGUGGAAUCGCCGUUGUUUGGAGCUAUCGAUUGCCUACUUGAAAAGUGCGUUGAGCGCCGCCACUUUGCAGCGCGGCGUCACCGUCAUCGUGGACGCACAGAAGAGCACGACGCGCAUCACACGCACGCAUGCGCGCAUCAUUUACGCGCUCUUCGAUGAGAUCACAGUCAAUUUAUUUCUAGUCAGAGCGGAGGGCUUCUGGGAGAAGCAUGUGGACACCUGCACGAGCAAGUCGCAGGCGAAGGGCGAGCCCAUUGUGCUCUCGAAGGCGCGUUUGAUAAAAUACUUCGACCUGUCACAGUUGCCAGAAGAGCUGGGCGGCACUUUGUCAUUUAACUAUGAUUUAUGGCUGCAACAAAGAAAGGCCAUUGAUGAGUUCCAAAAGACUUUCGAUUCGACGCUGAGCAGCAUGGAGAAUCUGCACGUGGUGCUGCUGAAUAAUAAAUCAUUGCGGCCAACGGAAGCGGAUGUUGAGUUGAAGAAGUGUGCACAGCUGCAUACGAGCGUACAACAACAAAUCGAAGUGGUCAUCGAGUUGGGUAAUCGCGUGUUGAAUCGGCUAUCGGAAGCUUAUGCGCCGCCCAUAGCGGCACCAACGCCGCAAAUAUCUGCCACAACCAACGUCUUAACACCCGCUAUCAACAACACAGCAACAAUACCCUGCCAUGAAUCCCAUAACAACAACAACAGCGUACAAACACAAACGAAUUUCAACUGCACCACAGCCAACACACCCGCCACACGCUUGCCACUGCCGCCGGAUCUGCAAUACGCACGCGCACGCAUCGAACUGCUGCUCAACCAAAUCGAACGCAAACAAACGGAAAUACGCACCGCGUGGCUGGAACUCUUGCAGAGCAUACGCGAGGCACGCGAACUCACACAUCUGGAAGAGGGUGUCGCCUUCGUCACGAACUGGAUACUACAGACUGCCGAACAGAUGCUCAGCCGACAGUAUAGCAUUGGCGGCGAUGUGCACAGCUGUGAGACGCUGCGCGCCGCACACGAUGUACUCGAACUGGAAUGCCGCGAAACGUAUGGCUUCUAUGCGGAAUUGUUGUAUAAAAUCGACGCGUUCGCUGGGGUGAAGGACUCGCAUGCAUAUAAGGAUCUGAUGUCACAAUGUGAUUUUAUGCAAUUUGUGUGUCGCUCAUUCGCCACAAGACUGGAGCGGCGUCGGAAUGUGUUGAUCACAUCGUUGCGGUUUUUUCGACUCGUCAGCGAAUAUUUCGAUCGAACCACUGCGGUUUUCGAAACACUAGUCAUGGGUAAUAAAAUAGCCGAGGAGAAUUUUGUGACGGCGGCGGAGACUUUGCAGCAACUGAAGGAGAGUCAGCUGAGCUUGGGCAACCUGGAACGCGAACUCGUUAAGGAGGGCGAAAAGCUCAGCGAUAUGCUGGCGAUGCCGGUGAAAGAUGCGCUUGGCCGUGACCUACACAUCGACUACAGCGAAGAUAUCGGCAAUGUGCGCGAUAUUUUGGACACGACGUUGGCGCGACGCAACAUCUUCGGCGACAGCGUUGAACUGCAGAAACUCACCUUGGAACAAGUGACACACAUUUACACAUACGAAGCGGAUGGCCGUAUGGCCAUUAAAUGGAUGGAGGAUUUGUACAAUGUCAUGAUCAAGUGCCAUUCGCACGUCGGCUGUAAUAUACACGAGAUACAGGUGCAGAAGGAUGAAUUGCAGACAUUUCAAGAAACUGGAAAGAGCAUCUACAACUAUGGUUGUCAACUGCUGGAAGCUUCACAGGCGCUGCGCAUUUCCUGUCGCCUCGAUGCCGAAGCAAUACCACAACGCAUGUCACAGCAAUUGCAGCACACUUGGCACCGAUUGCAGGCCAUAAGUCAGGAACAUAUGACACGCUUGCGCGUCUCGGCCGUCUUCCAUCGCAGCGUCGAGGAGUACUGCCAACAGCUGCAGGAGUUGCGCUUAUCGGUGCGCAAUCUGAAGCAGACGCCGAACAGCAGCAGCGGCAUCAGCAGCGAAUCGGACACACGCGCAUCGCCGCCAAUCAUCAUCGGCGGUAGGGAGACAGUAGACGAGGCGGUAGAAAGAAGCAGCCGCGAUGGCGCAGAAGAAGAGGGAACCACACACAGCAUAGGUGGCUAUGCGGACAAGUCGACUACGACGAGUGUCACGACGACGACGAAGGGGGGCGCAAGCGGUGCCGCGGCGCUGCUGCGUGAUCAGCUGCGUAAACAUUUGGUGGUACGCGAACAGCUGCUGCUCGAAGUGGGUCGCAUGGUGCGGUUGGGCCGACUGUUGAAAACCCGUUUGAAAGAACCAUUCGUCUUGGAUGCCGUUACGGGGAUGAGCAUUACAGUUGAUGAACUUGCAACGGAUGCCUCCAGUUCGGCCGGCGAUACGCAAACACAGUCGUCGUCCAGUCCAGUUGGCACUGUCGAUAGCGCCAGCACCGUUGAUUCCAAUACUAUCGUUAUAAAGCCGACGGGGAAUAAUGAUAUUGCUUGUGCAGCGAUCUCGCAUAAGUUGCAGGAGAUCGCUGAGGUAGCCGAAUCGCUGGAUGCUGCAAUACGCGACGUGCAACAGGAUGCGGAAGCGUUGGAGGUGAAUGCGACAAGCAGUGCUGAGAAGAAGCGCGAGGCUAUGCGGAGUUACAGUAGUGAGGAUUGGCACUCACGCUCCACCGAAGAUGACUCCUUCGUUACCGCAUCCGAGGGCAAUUUCACGCCACACUCGCACUCGUCGUCAUACCAAACGGCGUCCGGACGCACUUCCUCGUUCAUUAGUUGCGAUAAAAGCUCAUUUGAUGUGAGCGAAGCCGAUGACUCCACCUUCGCAUCGACAUUUGAAAUACCCGCGGACAUUAAUAUGUCCUACGACGGUACCGAACAUAGUUUUGUAUCCGCACAACAGCAAGACUCCACACCCUCACCGCAACAACAAGAGCUACACCAACAACAAAACACAAAUGAUUCACCAAGUGAUGGUGGCGACGACGGCGACGGCAGCAGCAUCGCCGACAUUGAGGAGCUGCACAGCCAAAGUGUGACACCGACACCGGGUGACGGCGAUGUAGAGCACUAUAACUACCAAAGUAUACCCAUCGAGUCGGAAUCCGACUUGGAGUCAAGUUGUAUAGCAGAUUCGCCAUCGCUGCAGGUGCUAACGGAGGAGGUGCCGGUCACAUCGGUGACGCCGGAGAGCCCGGACAAAUUAUAUAUUAAGGUUGUUGAAUUAGAGCCAAAGAUCACAACAUUAGGCACGAAUCUCGAUGAGUCCAUACGCUUGCAGAGGGAUCACGAUGAGACUCUUAGGAAUAUACAGAAUCUACCCGGCCCGAUGGACGAAUUCGUACAGAAGGCAGACAAAUUACUCGCCAGCAAGCGUAUCAGUUCCGAACUAGUCAACGCCAUGGCCGAUACGCUGAACAUCAUUUGGCAAGAUAUUUUGCAUUUACUGCAAGACCGCCAACACAUACUCCACCUCGCCACACAGUUGCAAGAGAAGAUGGCACAGUGUCAGCGACGCAUGGACCAACUGGAGGUCGCUUGCAUCGACACAAUGCUGCCGAUAGAAGUGGCGGCCGUGCAAGAGUUCCUCAACAAGUUCAAACAGUUACGCAUCGAUAUGCUCACGGCGGUAAUGGCGGCGCUAAAAGAUGGCAAUGAGCUGCUCGCACAGCUAAAGGAACUUGUCAAUCUGGAAACAUUAGACACACGACCCGAGCAUAUCAAGCGUGAUGCCGCACGCGCCGUGCACCAAGUCCAGUUGUGGUUGGAGGCGCCACACGAUCGUCGUAAUGCUUUGGAGACAGCGUGGCAAACGCGUAAAGUACAAUUGGAACACUGUCUCACAUUAGCGCUGCUCGGACGCGAGUUGGACGAAGUGGAGGCGGCCUUACGGCAGCAACGCAGCGAAGUCGACAGUCUCUUCAGUUUGGGCGAGUGCGAACACACAGCAAAUAACGCACUGCACAACUAUCGUGAAUGGAAACAGCAAGCUUUGCUGCUGCGUGAUCGUGCGCUGAAAAUCACACGCGCCAAGGAAAAACUACAGGCCUCCGGCACCUUUACUGGCGAUGAGGCUUGUGCGCGCGCUUAUAAUGUGCUGAGCGCCUGUACGGAACACCUGGACCUGGUGGAUCAACGUGAACACUGGCUGCAGCAGUCACGUGACUUCUUCGCCAAGGCCGAAAACACGUUGAGCGUGCUCGAGAAACUUGAAGUGGAGUUGGCGAAUGUGCGUCUGCCGCCCAAUACGCCCGAGAGCUUCACCAUGUACGCGAAAGUGACGCGUGAUGUACGCAGUUUUACGGAGGAGCCCCUACGUCUCGGCUAUAGCAUAUUAGACGAGGUCGGUCGCACACAACCCGAGACGCAGGGUGUAAAGCGUGUGCUCGACGAAAUUGAGAAUCGUAAGACGUACAUCGAGAGUAUUUGUUCGACCAGCAAUGAAGACCAUCAGCGCGUACAGAAGGCGCUCUCGGAUUUUUUGGCGCAGUACAAUGAUUUGCUCAACUGGCUGAUGUCUUCGGGACAAUUGUAUUUGCAGCAGCACGUCGAUAUGGGCAGCACAUUGGAACAGAGUAAACAGUUCCUAUUGCAACACCACGAACUAAUGCAGGAUUUAGAGAUCAAAGGCGAGCUCAUAAAUUUGCUGCUUGAGUCAAUUAAAGCGCAUCUAGAAUCGUUAAGUCCACAACAACGGUACGAUGUCGAUUCUAAAGCUGAGGCGCUGCACAAGCAUUGGAUUGAACUGAAGGAUUUGGUGCUGAAACGCGUCGAUUGUGUUUCCUUGCUUAUUGAGUUCUUCGAGAAAGCUAAUGAGUUGGCUAGUCAGCUAGAUAAUCUGGAUAAACAGCUAAAACAAACGGCCGAUGAGCAAAAGCUACAGUUUUUGCAAGAGAACUGGAAGCACAUACGCGCCGAUUAUGCAGAUUUGAAGAGUUUGGGAACACGUUUUAUCAAUUUGAAAAUCGUGGAUCCAUAUCUCGAAACGAAAUCCUCAGUGACGGCAGUCGAAGAUAUCCUCAACGGUUUCAGUAAGCGUCAAGUCGAUGUAACAACCAGUCUAGACAAUUGGACAACGCAAAUAGCGGAGAAGCGUGAAGUCGAAAUCAUACUGGAGAAAAUCAUGAGUGACAAUGAGGAGACGGCCACAAAGACAACCCAAGUGGAUACACAACUGUAUCCAGUUUUCACUUCAUCCUCCCUGGACGCGCGUCAAUUGCACACGAUCACCAGCGAUAAGCUCACACAUGUGCUGCAGGACAUCGACAAGGCGCAGGAUGAGCUCCAGCAUCGCAUACACACCACGCUCGGCAUACAAACGAAAAAUCCCGAAUCAUUGCAAAAAAUCGAACAGGUCAUUAGCAAUUUGCGUGCGCUGAAAUCCAAAUUGGAGGGCAUACGCUACGACUACAAAACGCUGCUGGAGAAUAUACUGAAAUUCUUGGCCGAGAUCACCGAACUGCAACGCAACAUCGAUGACUUUUUCGCCAAACAACAGCAACAACAGAGCCAGUUGGGCGGUAGCGGUGGUGACGUGGCCGAUAUUGAGCGCACCAUUACCGAGCAUGAGAAAUUCCGCGAUACUUGUAUGGAUAAAUUUAGAUCGUUAAUCACACAAUCCGAAUUGCUGAUCGAUCGCGUGCGUGCACUGGAACCGCCGGGCGCACGCGAAAUCGACACCGAUCGCAUACUGAAAUUGCUGGAGAAUUUGCGUCUUCAUUUCGAGGCGGGCAAUAGUGAGAGAAUGUCGCGUCUGGAGCGACUCGGCAAGCUGGAACAAUUCAAAACGGAUCUGUGCGAUAUUAAUCGCAGUCUGGAUAGUGUUAGCAAGCAAUUGCAUGAGAUCAAUGAACAAAGUGUUGAUAGCUUGGCGGCGGCAAAGACAACAUCGUUGGCGUUCGAGUAUUUUGAGCGCACCAUUGAGAACUCAAUGCCAACAUUUUUGGUGCCCGUUAAGCAUCAGCUACGUUGGGGUCAUAAUAGCAAACCGCUGAAGCUGCUUGAGAAGCGCAUUGAUAAGUUUACCGAGACGACCUCGGAACAGCUGUUGAUUACGAAUCCCGAAAGUCAAACAUAUGUGCGCGAGGAACUACAAAAACUCAACGAAAAAUGGCGGCACUUUAAGGACCAAGUGAAGAACAAGCGCAAAUCGCUCGAUCAGGCAACAGAGUUCUUCGAAAAGGUGGAGAAAAUUGAUGCCGAAUACCGAGAAAUCAGCUACUUCUACAACAGCGUUUCGAAUAAGAUCACAUAUUUACGCGAUCCUGUCGAGGCAUCGAAUCUAGUCAAUGAUAUUGAAAAGUACGUAGUGACACGCGAAGGCCCGUUGCUCGAUAAACUCGAACAAGCCGCACAAUGCGCACACGAUUUGAAUAAAGUUUCGACGCUGUACAACGAUGUACGCGGUAUAUUUCAGGCAUUUAUGAAACUACGCUCUGAUAUUAGUGUGGUACAGGAGCGUCUCAAGAAUGAGGAACGCCUGCGUGAACAACGCGAAAAGGAAGCGCGCGAGCAGGAAGAACGUGAACGCGCUGCACGCGAGGCCGAAGCUAAAGAGCGCGCUGCGCGUGAAUCAGCGGAACGUGAACGCGUAGCACGUGAAUUAGCUGCACGCGAGCAAGCGCUGCGUGACGAGGAAGCGCGUUUGUUGGUCAUACGUGAGCAGGCGGCGCGUGAACAAGCCGCGCGUGAGCAAGCGGCACGCGAAGAAGAAGCGCGACUGCAAGCGCUGCGCGAACAAGCACAACGCGAUGAAGAAGCGCGUCUUCAGGCGCUACGUGAGCAGGCGAGACGUGAGGAAGAGACAAGACUAGAAGCAUUACGUCAGGAAGAGGCACGCUUACAAGUGCUGCGCGAGCAAACAAAGCGCGAAGAGGAGGCGCGACUGCAAGCGCUACGCGAACAAGCUGCGCGCGAAGAAGAAGCGCGCUUGCAGGCGCUACGUGAGCAAGCUAGACGUGAAGAAGAGGCGCGACUGGAGACUUUGCGUAAAGAAGAGGCGCGUUUGCAAGCGCUGCGCGAGCAGACAAAGCGUGAAGAAGAAGCGCGCCUGCAAGCAUUACGUGAACAAACUGUGCGCGAGGAAGAAGCGCGUCUCCAAGCUUUGCGCGAGCAGGCUAGACGCGAAGAAGAAAACCGUUUGCUGGCGCUACGUGAACAAGCCACACGCGAAGAGGAGGCGCGUUUGCAAGCGCUACGCGAGCAAACGAAACGCGACGAGUUUGCGCGCUUGCAAAGCGUACGCGAUCAAAUCGAUCAUCAGCGCAUUGUAACGGAAAAUAUACGUAAAGACAUACAAGUGAAUGAAAUCUUCACAGAAAUCAAAUAUGCAUCGCCACGCUUCAAUCGUCAACUGAAGGAUGCAAUCACACGUGAGGGUGACAAAUUCACCUUCGAAUGUGAGGUGGUCGGUAACCCUGAACCAGCCGUGGAGUGGUUCAAAGAUGGCAUAUCCAUACAGAAUAAUCCCGAUUACAAAACCACAUACGAACGUGGCAUUUGUCGUUUGGUGAUUGAAGAGACUUUCACUGCCGAUUCAGCGCGUUUCAGCUGUCGCGCCUCGAACUUGGUGGGUAGCAACGAGACUAGCGCCAACUUGUCGGUGCGCGAGAAUGCCAUUGAAAUGCAAAUGGUGCCACCUAGAAUUGUACGUUUCCUGGAGAGUGGCAAGGCAACAGAGGGCAGCACUUUUGAAUUCUUAUGCGUUGUCAGUGGUAAUCCUCUACCCACGGUGCAAUGGUAUAAAAACGAUAAAUGUAUUGAUGAUUCACCGGAUUACGUCAUCAAUUACAAUAACGGUGAGGCCACGCUGCGCUUCGAAGAGGUUUUCUUGGAAGAUGACGCUGUCUACACGUGCAGUGCCUCAAAUCCAGCCGGCAUUGAACACUGUUCGGCGAGUUUAAUUGUGGAACCUCUCGAACCAACAGAAGUACCACACUUCAAAAUUCCGCUCUCCAAUGCCAUGGCGCGAGUUGGACAAAAAAUUAAGCUUGAAGCUCUUAUCGGCGGUAUACCAAGACCGGAUAUUUUCUGGAUGCACAAUGGCAAGCCUUAUGUACCACGAGAUAGCAAAUACGAGUACGGCCGCGCAACGCUCAUAAUCCCCCAAGCUUAUCCCAACGACGCCGGAGUGUAUGUGUUAACAGCGAAAAAUCUAGCAGGCGAAGCAUAUAGUUCGUGUAACGUCGUCGUCAAAGGACGCCUGCCGAACGAGACAUCCGACUCAGAGUUGGCCUCCGAUAUGGAACCGAUUAAGCCCUCGGUACAAUUGCCACUCAAAGAUGUGUCAAUAUUCGAGGGUAAACCAGUGCGUUUGGAUUGUGUGAUUGUCGGUCAACCGGAACCCGAAGUCAUUUGGUAUCACAAUGAGCGACCAGUCAAAGAAUCAGCCGAUGUACAGUUGCUUUUCCAAGGUGACCGCUGCUCGUUGAUCAUACAAGAAGUGUAUCAAGAGGAUGCGGGUAACUAUAAAGUGGUGGCCAUCAAUUCGGCUGGUGAAGCCUCAAGCAGUUGUGAGCUUAAAGUGACGCCACUAAAUAUUGCCGAGCCUGCGACACGCGCACAAACCGAGCGUCAGUCCGUGCCGAAGGAGACACUGCCGAAAUUCGAUAAGUUCCUAACCGAUGUGCUGGCGGACGAAGGCGAAACCGUCGAGAUGGAGGUGAGUGUUAGUGGUGAUCAACCACUUACCGCGAAAUGGUAUCUGGCCAAUAAGGAGUUGAGCGAAAGUGAACGGCUUUCGAUGAGCGCAAAUCCGGCGGUCGGCGGUUUCAAAUUAAUCUUAAAAAAUGUUGUUUCUGACGACCGCGGCGUGUAUACGGUGAAAGUGUCGAAUAAUGCGGGCGAUGCGAAAUGCUUCUCGCAAUUGAAUGUGAAGAGUGUGAAUGCGCCUGAAAAUCAACGCAGUCAACAAGUGGAACCCGUUGAGAAAUUGACUUGUCCCGAAUUCAAAGAACUCUUCUCGGACAAACAAGCUUACGCCGACGAUAUGGUGAAGUUCGAGUGUAUUGUGAAGGGCAAACCGACGCCCAAAGUGCAUUGGUGCUUCAACGAACAACCGGUACAUGGGCACAACUUCCUCGUAUCGACCAGUGGCGACAGGCAAGUGCUGACCAUACAGAAGGCCAGCAUUGAUACUGUGGGUAAAAUAAGCUGCAUUGCCGAGAAUGAGAUUGGCAAAGCCACCUGUGCGGCUUAUUUGAAUUUACUCGGCCCAGGCAUGCAGUUGCUGCCCGCCACUAGUGAUCUGCAAACCUCUACACAGGAACAUAAUACCGAGUCGUCGCGUGUCACCAUCAAGAAGCAGACCUUCACCACCACCUCCACGUCACAAAUCAGUUCAUUCGAAGGUAAUAUGCCGCAAACCGAGAUCCAUCAUUCCUCGGCGCACAUUGAUCAGUCGCUAAAACAGCUGGGUGCACAACAACCCGAAGUCAUUGAGACACAUCACUACCAGGAGCUGCACAAAAGCAAAGACAUGUCAACGCCAAAUGUGCAACAGAAAUUAUUUACAUUGGUGCAAUCGGCUGGCAAUGGACCGAGUCAGCAGCCAGCUAUAACCGGCACAGCUGGUGUGGCGGUGCCUGAAUCACCGACGCGCCUACGCAAGCAAAUAGCGCCACGUUUCACCACACCGCUGACGGGUAAGAUUGUCGAUCAGGGCACAGAUGUGGCAAUGGAGGCGAUCUACGAUGGUUUCCCCUCACCCGAAAUCAAAGUGGAGAAGAAUGGCGAACAACUGUUCGAGAAUCAACGUUUGAAGAUCGAAAAUCGCUGCAAUCGCGUCAGCAUCGAGCUGAAGCAGGUGGGUGUGGCAGAUGCGGGACGCUAUGCAGUCACCGCCACAAAUACAAUGGGACAAUCAACGAGCACUGCCGAUCUAGUUGUGAAGAAAACCAUUUUCCCGCCUGUCUUUGGGCGACGUCUGCAGGCGCAAGUUGUUAAACGCGGAGAAAAGAUCAUAAUGGAAGUAGAAGUAACCGGUUUACCGGAACCAACGGUAACCUGGAUGAAAGACGAUAAACCCAUACAAGAAGCGGGCGUGUCACAGCAUCGUCUGUUAUCGCAAGGCAACUCCUACAAGCUGAUUAUCGAGAAAGGACAAUCCAGUGACUCGGGCAAAUAUAUGGUGAAGGCUACUAAUGCCGGCGGCGAGGCCAAAAGCAUUGCCGAUUGUGCGAUAUUGGAACCAUCGCCAGAACGUCUGCAGGAGGUCGUUAAGACUAUUGUCUACGAAACGCCAGCUGAACUGAAAACCGAAACCUUCGCUAAAGAGCCACCGUCCUUUGAAACGACACAAACCGAAAUUUCCAACGCAUCCGAUCUGCAUGGCUUAUCUGAGUCGAAAAUAGUAACUGAGCAUCGUUGCACCACCGAGGCAACAAUGCGUCUAGAACACAAACAAGCGUACUUAGAUCUGCCCGCGUUGAGUGAACGCCCCAAGACGCCAACCGCCGCGACCAACAUCAGCACCAACACUGAACUACCCGAUUGGCAGCACCUGAAAUCGGUAUCGACUAACACCGAUAGCACACGCUCGAAAACCGGCUCCACACAAACACCGCCGCAAGUACCACCUAAACCCUAUACGACAGCUAAUAACAUUGCCCCCACCCCAACAAUCCAGCAAUCACAAUUCCAAUCCACGCUAAGCACAGAACUCGACGGCGGCUACAAAGGUGUAGGGGAGACGCCAUUGCUGACGUCAGCCACCACGACGACAUCAACUUCCAAGUACGAGAGCACAACGAGUGAGAAGAAAUCCUCAUCUUUCGAUUUCUUUAAGAAAAUUGAGAGUCAAGGUGGCACGCAGCCAGCGCCACCUGGCGAAAGAUAUCAGAAACAAGAGGUUAAUGUGAUCAACAAACGCACGACGCCAUUGACGAUCUCAAGACCGAGCGGUGCAACUGCGCAGUCAGCAACGCUUGAAGACGAUCUCAAAAAUUUGAAUUUAAUACCGGGUUCUCCACCUGAAAUAUGCUUUAUACCGAAGUUGGACACCGCAAGCGCCAAGCCACAAAUGAUUAAUGAUCGUAUUAAAAUAUUAGAAGCAUCACAGCAAUCACCGAAAGAGCCACCGACUGGCGGUAUACGCACACUACCAUUAUUGCCCGUCUCACAGACAUUUAAACAUGAGUCCACAAUGUCAAAGGAGGUCAAAGUGGAGUAUGGGCAACCGAUCAUAAGGCCGGCGGCUACACUGCCAGCACCACAGCAAUUCACACGUUCACCGUCGCCUAAACCCUCCGCGGAGGGCGUAGCCAUGUCAAAGUUGUGGACACCUAGUAAUUUAAGUGGUUACGAGAGUGCUACAAGUGAGUUGGAACAAAGGUAUAAAGCAGAAGCGGAGAGCGAUACGAAAGUGGAGCACCGUGAGAUUAGGGUACAGAAAGUGCCAACACCAGCGCCCGAUUUGAGUGCACCGUAUCUGGUGAAAGAGAUCAGUAAAGCAAUUCAUAUACCCACAACACCGCAGCGGGAGAAGACACCGUUAGAUGAUAUACAUUUGGUGCCCGGCUCACCGCCAGAGAUUUGUUUUGCACCCAAACCAGAGGUGCGUCGUCAAUCUUUGGUCGAGACAAUGGAGAAAACUUUAGAGAAAAAUCUGCAACAAGGCCCCACAAAGGUGUUGCCAAUGUCGGUGCCUACACUCACACCAACAACAGCGCCACACGCACCUAAAACAACCUCCACCUAUAAGCCACCACCGCCAGUAAUACCAACCAAACUGACAGUCGGUCAACCCUAUGAGAGUGAUUACGAAAGCGACCGUUGGAAGUAUAGUGGCAGUGAAUCGGAUGAAGCCUCAUUCCGACCGGUUGGCAAGAGUGUACCAGAAGGUUUGGUUGGUGCACCAAGUGUACCCACAACUCAUCAUACAUUCAAGACAAGCGGUUAUGCAGCCGAUACUGAGGAGAUUUCUAGUUACCGUAAAAUGGAAUCGACCCAUCAGGAGAGUCGUUCAUUUUACGAAUCAACUUCCAGUUCGAAAUCAACACAGCAGCUGCCGCAAGCGCCCAUGACAUCAGUGUUUAAAACGCCACCACAGCAACAACAAUACACGCCACAAUUUGCACCAGCAGCAGCACCGGCGGCCGCGCAAACUUUCUACCAACAACCGCAUUUGGAAAAGCAACCGCCAGCUCCGAUUUAUUAUACCAGCAAGGAAGAGGGCGGUCACGAGAAGCAGGAGUACUCGGACAAGAAUGAGUACAGGCGUGAGGAGAAGAACUAUAAGAGCGUAUCGAGCAUGAGCAGCAGCUACUAUAAUGCCUCCAAUAUAAGCAAUAUCAGCAACAUUAGCGCACCCAAAUACCAGUCAGUGCCUUUGAAGAUACCAACACCGACCGUCACACCCGUACCGGCACAGCGUAAGACACCUGCCGAAUUCAGCGACUACAGCAGUGAAGUGGAGGAACGUUUCCGCUCCGUCUCACGCACACAAGAAUCGGACAACGAGAUCAAGGGCUACCGUGUCGUCUUCCCACCAACGCCAACACCAAAAUCGCAUCUAACUAAUGGACAUAAAUCGCCGGCAGUGGUGGUGACACCAUCGCCCAUGGAUUUCGAGCCUACACCGCCAGCGGUGAGCACUUAUCCGCGACAGAAGUUCGAGCCGAUCAAGAAGGAAGUACGACAUGAAAUCAAGACCGAGUCCAAGGAGCAGAAACAAUACUUCCAGCAACAGAAAACGCAACAGCAACAACAACAGGUGUACAAACCGAAACCAGUCGCUGCCAAGUUCAUUGCUGCCACACAACAGCAACAACAGCAGCAGCAGCAACAGCCGAGAUAUGAGCCACGCCCACAACCGGCGCUUUACUACAACGCAAUUGCCGGCACACCGCUUCAUACGGCGAAAAUGGCGACCGAAACGAAAAAUGUUAUGCACAUGAAAGAAUCAUCUGAAACUUGCCAGCGCGUGGUCAAUAUGCAGCAAACCAAGCGUGUCAUACACUUCGAUAGCCAGAAAGAGCAACAGGAACGUCAAGUAAGCACACCACUCGAGCCGUUCCCCUACAGCCCAUCGCCGAGUCGCUACACGCCAACACAACAGACGCGUGUACCACCCCCACCCACACCGACUAAGUUCGUACCGGGCGAAUUCCGUGAAAGCGAUUAUGAUAGCGAAAUAGAGAAUGCUAAAAUACGUCCGCUAUGGACGCCACAUGGCGAAAACGGUCCGCUACGCUUCAGACAUGUCGAACCGCCACAAAUGGGUCGCGCAUGCAGCGUGCCACGCGCUUACGAACGUGUGCUCUCACCCAUGGAAUUCGAUCGCGGUCCCGAAAUGCCCGCGAAAAUAAAAGUCGACCCUAACGAAUUGCGUUCACAACGCGGUAGUAGUCUCAGCGCGACCAGUCAGCGUACUCAGUCGCUAAAUCGUCACUCGUCCCUGAAGAGCAGCACUAGCUCCAGCUAUCAGCAGCGUUAUCAGACCUUACAGCCUGAUGCUACGGUUGUCGAGAAACGCUUUCCACGUGACGAUAUGAACUUGAAAGUCGGUUCUCCACCUAAAUACGGUUACAUACAGUCGCAAAUCGAUCAACAAGGCAAGCAGAUGAGUUCGACCUUCUUGCAAAAGUCACAUCAGUUCAUCAGUGACAUCACCAAUGAUCUGCAGCAGAAGAGUAGUAAGACCACGAAAAUAUAUAAUGGCAGUGCUGAACCGAAAGUGAUUACGCACUCCUUCCGACCGGGUUUCAAGCGUGCGCCCAGCGAGGGUGACAACAAGCCGCAAGCCUAUCGCGACGAAUCGCGCGUUUCGCAAUACGAUCAGGGCACACAAACCGAUACGCUGCUAAUUACCGAGGAGACGACAACCGAGCGCGAGCAAAACAGGCAGGCGCGCGGCAAGAGCGAGUGCAGUGAAGAUGGCGCUCGCAGCGCAAACGAACACUCGCCGUCACCGCAACGUGAGAUACUACACAAAAUUCACAAAUCCGCCUCUUUUUCCUCAUCUUCCGGCAACUCAUUGGGCGGCUCCUCACCGCUCGGCUCAGCCACCUCCACCACAUCGCUACACUACUCGCCAAUACGUCCAGCUGCGCGUACACUCAAGAGUGACUCCAUCAGCACUUAUCAAAAGUGGGAAAGUACCGUUGAGUCCAUCAGUUAUGUGUCGCGUAAGACGGUAGCCAUUUCCGAUUAUGGCUCGGAUGUGGAAAGGCCUAGAUCCAACUCGGUUUCAGUCAAUUCACAAACGACACAAUCGCGUUCGUCAACCACAACACCCGUGCCGGGACCGGUACCGGCGGCCAGGAAUACCACUUCGACCACUGCCACGCCGUCAGCCAGCAACGCAGCUAUGUUUAGUAGCACCAGCACGACGAGCAGUGGCAUCGAUAGCAGCAGUUGUGGCUUGGGCACCACCUACAAAGCCACCACGACUACCAGCAGCAGCAGCAGCAGUAGCAACACUUCGUGCAGUCGCAUCAAUGGCAAUGGGGGGUUGUUGGGUCAUGCAGCUUCGCCCACAUCAAAGCUGCAUACGUUUUCUAACGGUUCGCCGCUGUCAGUCAAACAGACAGUACAACAUGUUGGCGCAGGCGGUGCCUACACUCCGCCCGCACUGACUCACAUCUACGGUCAAGGCGAUAUUUCACCACCGAUCUUUGAGCAAAUUUUCAAGAACGCCCGUUUCGCUCAGGGCGGCAAUGCCCUGUUCGAGGGUAAACUUCGUGGCAAUCCAAAGCCAUUCGUUUCUUGGACCCGAAAAGGCGCACCACUUCUCGAGUCGCAAAAGUUUCGCAUGAGCUACAAUGAGGCCACCGGUGAAGUGUCGCUAUUGAUUAAUCAAAUCGGACCCGGCGAUGAAGGUGAAUACACAUGUACGGCGCGCAAUCAAUAUGGCGAGGCCAUAUGCAGUGUUUACAUUCAGCCAGAGGGCGCACCAAUGCCUGUACUGCAGCCUGUGCAAAAAUUCGAAAAGUCAUUGUAUACCAACGGCUAUUCGUACUCUUCCGUCGAGGAGGAGUUCCGUGUCGAUACAUUUGAGUAUCGUUUGCUACGUGAAGUGCAAUAUCGUGAGGCUAUUACACGUCGUUCGGCAUACGAGCUGGACCAAUAUCUGACGCAAGAAUUGGAUCGUACCAUGGGUCCAGCACAUGCGCCACAAAUUAGUCAGAAACCACGCAACUCGAAACUUAUUGAAGGUUCUGAUGCUGUUUUCAGCGCUAAGGUUGGCUCUAAUCCCAAGCCACGCCUAACUUGGUUCCAUAAUGGACAACGUUUGGUAGCUUCGCAAAAAUACGAGACCACUUAUUCCAGUGGUAUAGCAACGUUGCGUGUUAAGAAUGCCACCUACCAGGAUGCUGGUCAUUAUACAUUGCUCGCCGAGAAUACACAGGGUUGUGUAGUCUCUUCGGCCGUUUUGGCUGUCGAACCAGCUGCCGAAACCUCACACGAACCGAAGCCGGUCGAUGUGACGGCUGAGCAAUUGGAAGCUGGUAAAGCCUUACCACCCGCCUUCGUUAAGGGUUACACCGAUCGCGAAGUCACUGAGGGACGCAUGACACGUUUCGAUUGCCGUGUGACUGGUAAUCCCUAUCCGGAGGUUAUAUGGCUGAUCAACGGUCGUCCUGUUAAAGACGAUGUGUCGCAUAAAAUACUUGUCAACGAAUCUGGUAGUCACUCGCUAAUGAUUACCAGUGUUAGCCGUUUGGACAGUGGCGCAGUACAGUGCUUGGCGCGCAAUAAGGCUGGUGACGUUGCCAUCGAGGCACAAUUGAAUGUGUUGGAGAAGGAACAAGUUGUCGCACCACAAUUUGUGCAACGCUUCAGCACAAUGACCGUACGUGAAGGUGAACCCAUCACCAUGAGCGCCAACGCCAUUGGCACACCCGUGCCACGUAUUACAUGGCAAAAGGACGGUGUGCAGAUUACAUCGACUGCUGAACGUUAUAUUGGUAUUGAUGGUGGCGCUACAUGCUUGGAAAUUCCACGCGUCAAAGCCACCGAUGCCGGCUGGUAUCAGUGCACAGCACAAAACAUUGCCGGUUCGUCUGCGAAUCGUGCUAGACUCUAUGUAGAAGUACCCAGAGAACAACCAACGCCUGAGCAAAGACGUCUCAAUUUGCCACGUCCAACGAAAGUCAUCGAACCAGAGCCCGUGCCUGGUCCAGAGAUAAUUUACCUACGACAUGUAGAACGCGCAAAGCCACACUUGCGCCCUGGUGAGGAAGACCGUGUCUACCCACCACCACAAUUUAUUAUACCAUUGCAAAAUGUGCAACAGGUCGAGGGUAACAGAGUGCACAUGGAGGCACGUAUCGAACCAGUUGGUGAUCCAACUAUGGUCGUAGAAUGGUAUCUGAACGGGCAACCAUUGGCAGCAAGCUCACGCGCUACCUCUGUAUUUAAGUUUGGUUUCAUAGCGCUCGAUCUUUUGAGCAUUAUGACACACGACUCCGGUGAGUACAUGUGUCGCGUCACCAAUGCAGCCGGUGUUGCCGAAUCCCGUGCAAUUCUCUCUGUCAUCCAACGUCCCUCUAUCGAGCAAAGCUCUCAGAAUCCGAAUAGUUUGCAAUAUAUCAAUCAAUUGGAGGAUUACUCACGCUAUCAGCGUCAGGAGAGCUCUGAGGAACUUAUGAAGCAAGCACCAGUCUUUAUUCGUCCAUUAAGAGAUUUGGGCGAUUUCGAGGAGGGUAAAAAUGUGCACUUUGAAGCUCAAGUUACGCCGGUUAAUGAUCCCACCAUGCGUGUCGAAUGGUACAAGGAUGGCCGUCCGAUAACUGCUAGCUCGCGAAUCACUGCAAUCUUCAACUUCGGCUACGUCUCCCUAAACAUCUUGCACCUACGGGCUGAAGAUGCUGGUUCGUAUACAGUGCGUGCAGUCAAUCGCGUGGGCGAAGCCACCAGUACUUCGAACAUCCGUGUGAACAUACGUUCCGAAGUAACCGCCGACUUGGGCAUACCCGAACAGCAACGUUAUAUUGAGAAGGUUGAAGAGCUGGAGGACUACAGAAAAUCCCAGCAACGUCGUCAUGUACAGGAGGUGCCUGAACCAAUCGCACCACCACAAUUCAAAAGUCCAAUCCAAAAUCAAUUGGACAUACGUGAGGGCGCACACGCUCACUUUGAGGCACGUCUUGAGCCCAUCGGUGAUGCUACUAUGCGUGUCGAAUGGCUGAAGGAUGGCCAACCGCUAGAAGCUAGCUCACGCAGCACAACCUUCUUCAACUUUGGUUAUGUUGCACUAACCAUUAAGCAACUGACAAUUUACGAUGCCGGCACUUACACUUGCCGCGCUUACAAUGCCAUCGGUCAAGAUACAACCACCGCACAAUUGACCGUUCUUUCAAAGAAGGAUAUCGUCUCCGAUUCUCAACAUCCCGGUGGUUUGGAGAAGCUACAACACUUGGAGGACUCAACGCGUUACGGACGCACUGAGGAGGAAGAGACCAAGGUUACACAAAUACCACGCUUCCUUGGUCCAAUGAAGGGCACCAACAAGAUUUUGGAGGGUCAGCGAGCUCACUUCGAAGCACGUGUCGAGCCACAAAGCGAUCUUAGCUUGCAAAUUGAAUGGUACCAUAAUGGACGUGCCAUUAGCGCAGCCACACGUAUACAAACCUAUCAUGACUUUGGUUAUGUGGCUCUAGAUAUCUCACAAGUACGUGCCGAAGAUGCGGGCGUGUACACUGUUGUAGCCAGAAAUAAGUUAGGUGAAGCACAGUUGCAAGGAACAAUGGUAGUAGAAACUCGUUCCAGCAUAGAUACAUCUAGCAUGCACCGCGGUCUUUACGAAAAGACUCAAAACUUAGAAAACAAACCAUUUGUUGAGCCUCAUUAUGACAUCGAAGAGAUCUCCAAGUCGAAGCCGAUCUUCGUGCAACCACUCUCCGAUCACAAACCGAUUCACGAAGGCAAAAAUAUACAUUUGGAAUGCCGUCUGGAGCCAAUGGGUGAUCCCACCAUGCGUGUAGAGUGGUUCCACAAUGGCCGCCCCAUUACCGUAGGCUCACGCUUCCGCACCUACUAUGACUUCGGUUUCGUUGCAUUGUAUAUUGUACAGGCCAUUGCAGCCGACUCAGGCGAGUAUACCUGCCGCGCCACAAAUCAUUUGGGCUCAGCACACACCUCUUCCUGUGUACGUAUUAUUGAUCGUUCGGAUGUUGUGACCGAAACACAAAACGAAAUGUCGUUGGAGCAGAUUCACCAACUGGAAGACUCCACACGUCGUCGCCAUCAUGUCGAAGAAGACAUAACCGUUAUGCAGGCGCCACAAUUCACACGUCCGCUACAUAAUAUCGAAACUGUUGAGGGCACCAAUGUACAUUUGGAAUGCCGCUUGCAGCCGGUGGGUGAUCCCAGCAUGCGCGUUGAGUGGUUCGUUAAUGGUAAACCCGUCAAGACUGGUCAUCGUUUCCGUCCAGCAUAUGAAUUUGACUAUGUUGCGCUCGAUUUGCUCGGCUGCUACGCCGUUGAUUCAGGUGUGUAUACCUGCCAGGCACGUAAUCAGCUUGGUGAAGCCGUUACCUCAUGCUCCGUACGCAUUAUUGCUAAGAGCGAUCUAAUCUUGGAGACGCAGAACGAAUCUGGUCUGCAGAAGAUUGCUUAUUUGGAGGAUUCCUCACGUUAUCGUCGUAGCGAAUUCGUUGAUGAGAUAGUUAAUGUGCGUCCACGUUUCCUUACACACCCCAAGAGUCUGACCAACACACGCGAGGGUGGUCAUGCUCAUUUCGAAUGUAAAAUCGAACCUGUUACCGAUCCUAACCUGAAGGUUGAGUGGUUUAAGAAUGGUCGUCCCAUCACAGUCGGUCAUCGUUUCCGUCCCAUUCAUGACUUUGGUUAUGUAGCUUUGGACAUUGUUGAUUUGAUUUCUGAGGAUUCUGGUAUUUACACUUGCCGCGCCGUCAAUCUGAUUGGCUCCGAUGAGACGCGUGUAGAAUUGCAAUGCCGCAGCAGUGAACAAAUUGUUACUGUUACACAAAAUGAAGCCGGUCUCGAGCAGAUCCAUUAUUUGGAGGAUCGUUCGCGCUAUUCGCGUCGUGAAGAAAUCGAUGAAACCACGAAACAAGCGCCAGUCUUUACCACUUCUUUGAAGAAUGUCGAAAUCAAGGAAAAUCAACGCGCACAUUUCGAAUGCCGCUUGAUUCCGGUGUCGGAUCCAACCAUGCGUGUCGAAUGGUAUCACAACAACUUGCCAUUAAAAUCUGGCUCGCGCUUUACUGAAACUAACAACUUCGGUUUCGUAGCUUUGGACAUUAUGUCGUGCUUGCCCGAGGAUGCCGGCACUUACACUUGCCGUGCCUUCAAUGCUGUCGGUGAAGCUAUAACCUCAGCUGUUGCUAUUGUUCACACCAAAAAAUCCAUCUACUUGGAAUCGCAACAUGAGAGCGCUUUGCCACGCCUACAACAUUUGGAAGAUGGCGCUAAACGUCAACGCAUCAGCGUACAAGACGAGGUUGUCAACCAGGCACCAGUUUUUACUUUACCUGUGCGCGAUGUACGCGUCGCCGAAGGUCAAGCCGUACACUUUGAAGCACGCUUGAUACCUGUUGGUGAUCCACACCUGAAGGUUGAAUGGUUGCGUAAUGGACAACCGAUUGAGGCUUCAAACCGCACCACCACAAUGCACGAUUUCGGUUAUGUUGCAUUCAAUAUGAAGUAUGUGAAUCCAGAAGACUCAGGUACUUACACUUGCCGUGCUGUCAACGAACUCGGCCAGGCUGUCACCUCAGCUUCGCUCAUUGUUCAAUCGAAGACUUCGAUUCAACUGGAAACUCAACAUGAGGCGGCUAUGCAUAAGAUACAUCAACUAGAAGACCACACCCGGUACCAACGCCGUGAAGAAGAAGAAUAUGUAGUUAGCCAACCACCACGUUUUGUCACGAAACUAAUUGGCCCUACCAACUUGGUUGAAGGCCAAAGCGCGCACUACGAAUGUCGCAUUGAACCAUAUCCUGAUCCCAACCUCAAAGUAGAAUGGUUCCAUAAUGGCAAGGCGUUGAGCACAGGUCAUCGUUUCCGCACCACUUACGACUUUGGUUUCGCCGCUUUGGAUAUCCUUACCGUUUAUGCUGAGGAUAGUGGCGAAUAUACCUGCCGUGUUACCAACAACUUGGGCGAAGCUGUCAACUCUAUUAACCUCAAUGUACAGUCGAGGUCAGGCAUCAUCCGCGAAACACAACACGAAGAAGCUUUGCAAAAGAUCCAGCACUUGGAAGAUGAGUCGCGCUAUCAACGUAAGGUUGAAGAAGAUCAAUUCUUGGCCGAACGUCCACAAUUCGGACGCCCAUUGCGCAAUGCUAAUGUGAAUGAAGGCACACCCGUACAUUUGGAAGCCACCUUAACACCUGUGAAUGAUCCAACCAUGAAGGUGGAAUGGUAUUGCAAUGGCACGCCAAUUCAAACUGGACAUCGUUUCAAGACCACAUACGAUUUCGGCUUCGUCGCUUUAGAUAUUUUAUACACACAUGCUGAAGAUACAGGCACUUACAUGUGCAAGGCUAAGAAUGCCGUAGGGGAAGCUGUCACGACUUGUGCUGUAAACGUAACAGCAAAUAAGACAUUGGACUUCGACACUAUGGAUGCCCAGCGUUUGGAGAAGAUUCGCCAACUUGAGAAUUAUGCACCACCCACUAAAGCCGUAGUGGAGGAGAAGGGUCAGAAACCGAUAUUCUUAACACCGCUUAGCAAUUUGGAACAUCUUAAGGAAGGCGAACAUGCUCAUCUGGAGUGUCGUGUCGAACCAAUUAAUGACCCUAACUUAAAGAUUGAAUGGUUCUGCAAUGGCAAACAGUUGCCAACUGGUCACCGCUUUAGAACUACACACGAUUUCGGUUAUGUCGCUUUAGAUAUCUUGUAUGUCUAUGGUGAAGACACUGGCACCUACAUGUGCAAAGCUACCAAUUUGCUUGGUGAGGCUGUCAACACCUGCAAUGUGCGUAUAUUGAACCGACGCAGUAUGAUUCUGGACACCCAACAUCCAGAUGCUUUGGAGAAAAUCCAAAAAUUGGAAUCCAAGUCUGCACCGGCACGCACCGAACCUGGCGAUUUGCCCAUCGGCCCACCACACUUCACAGUCGAACUGCGCGGCACCACCGAGAUCUUUGAGGGUCAAACUGCGCACUUUGAGGCACAGGUUGCGCCCGUUCAUGAUCCCAAUUUGCGCAUUGAGUUCUAUCACAAUGGCAAACCACUGCCAUCGGCUUCACGCUUCCACAUUACUUUCGAUUUCGGUUAUGUUUCUUUGGAUAUUACACACGCUGUGCCAGAAGAUGCUGGUGAAUACUCCGUCCGUGCUAUCAACAAUUUGGGUCAAUGCGUUUCUUCAACUAGCUUGAAGGUCAACGCACGUGGUACUAUUAUUUCGGAAAGUCAACAUCCUGAGGGUUUGGAGAAGAUUCGUAAACUCGAAUCGAACGCUCCAUUCCAACGUCCCGAAGUAGAAACACCUGGCACCCGUCAACGUCCAGUGUUUACUCAACCACUGCAAAAUAUCGAUCGCAUUAAUGAACAUCAAACUGCACACUUCGAGUGCCGCCUUAUACCGGUUGGCGAUCCAAAUCUAAAGGUGGAAUGGUAUCGCAAUGAGAAGAUCAUUGAGGAUAGCUCACGUAUCACCAAACAACAUGACUUCGGCUUUGUCUCUCUGGAUAUUUCGCAUAUUCGCAAAGAAGAUGAAGGUGUUUACAUGUGUCGCGCUGUCAAUCCGUUGGGUGAAGCAGUUACUACCGCAUCUAUGCGUGUAGUUUCUGAAGCCUCAAUUCAAAUGGAUACCCAACAUCCAGAUAGUAUCAGCCGUAUCCAUCAACUUGAACGCCCAUCCCAACCACGUGCUGAAGAACCAGAACGUGCUUUCGAGAAGCCAAUAUUCACGCAAUUACUCACCGGCCCAUCAGAGUUAUGGGAGGGUCAACAUGCACACUUCGAGGCACGUGUCGUACCAGUUGGUGAUCCAUCACUGAAAUUCGAAUGGUAUAUCAACGGUGUUGAGCUGCAAAUGGGCUCACGUCUACGCACCACACACGAUUUCGGUUUCGUUACACUCGACAUUAACGCAGUGGUGCCUGAAGAUGCUGGCGUAUACAUGUGCCGCGCUUAUAAUGCUGCCGGUGAAGCUGUCUCCUCUACCGCUAUGAAAGUUAAAACCAAAUCUAACAUUGCCGGCGAACCUUUGAUUCCCGAAUCGUGGGAAGCCAUUCGCCUGAAGGAGGCUGCCAUGAACCGUGUACCAGAAAUGUUUGUAGACACAACACCACAACAGGCACCAGUCUUCACUACACAUCUACAGAGCUACGAUAAGCUCUCAGAAGGUCAACAUGUACUGCUCGAAGCUCAAGUUGAGCCACGUGCUGAUCCAAACUUGCGUAUUGAAUGGUUCAAAAAUGGUAUUUCACUUACCACCGGCUCCCGUAUACGCAGUACCUUCGACUUUGGCUUGGUUACACUCUCGGUUAAUGGAUUGCGUUCGGAUGACUCUGCCAUUUACACUUGCAAGGCCACCAACCAAAUUGGUGAAGCUGUAUCGACAUGCAGUCUCAAGAUUGAAGAUCGUCAUUGGUUGCAAGGUGAGUCACUACAUCCAGACUCUUUGCCACGCAUUGGAGAAUUGGAAGCACCCAAACCAGGACGCCCAGAGGCACCAGAACCAGUUUACGAACUGCCUGUGUUUACUACACAUUUGAAUAAUAUCGAAUGUAAGGAGGGCGAUAAUGUACGUUUCGAAUCGAUGGUCGAGCCCUCUCGUGACCCAACAAUGCAAAUUGAAUGGUCCUACAAUGGACAGCCGCUACAAGCUGCCGCUAAAUUUAAGUCAAUUUAUGACUUCGGCUACUGCGCUUUGGACUUAUCGAACACCUAUCCAGAGAAUAGUGGUGUAUACACGCUCAAAGCAACUAACAGCAAGGGUUCAGCCACUACAUCUGGCACACUCAAGUGCACAGGCGGUAAGACCUUCUACUUGGACACCCAACAUCCACAAGGUGAAGCCGGUUUGGAGGCUGUUAAAGAAACUGAAGAAGAAUUGGCCAAUCGUUAUUCGCGCCAAGUUUCGAAACCUGAAACCCAAUAUCCAGCACCAGUUUGGACCAAACCAUUGCAAGCUGAGUUCCAUCUCUCAGAGGCACAAGCCUUGCAUUUGGAAGGUAAUGUUGAACCUAAGGAAGAUCCUAAUCUCUUCAUUGAAUGGUACUUCAACGGCAAGAUUCUACAACAUGGCUCACGUUUCAAGAUGACAAGUGAAUUCGGUUUCGUCACCAUGGACUUAACUGAGGUCUACGAACGCGAUCAAGGUAUUUACACAUGCAAGGCAUACAACAAGGCUGGCGAAGCCUUCACCACUACCACCAUCUUCUGCACUAGCAAGGAAAGCAUAAUCGAGAAGACACAACAUCCAAAGGGUGCAGAAGGUUUGGAACAGAUUCAAGACUUGGAAGAAUCACUACGUAAGGAUGGCACAAAACCAGAGAAACCAGAAGAAGGUAUGGCACCACGCUUCACCACUGAAUUCAUUGACAUCAAGGAUGUUGGUGAGGGUGAGAUUGCUCACUACGAAGCCAAUCUUGUGCCAACUGGUGACCAAAGUAUGGUCAUUGAAUGGUUCUAUAAUAGUAAAGUUUUGGAGGCUAGUCAUCGUGUGCGCACCAUCUACGCUUUCGGCAUGGUAGCUUUGGAAAUUCUUGGCACCAAGAUCGAAGACUCGGGCACCUACACUUGUCGUGCCACCAAUAAAUAUGGCAGCGCUGAAAUUAGCUGCGUUCUUGAGUGCGUUGAAAAACCACGUGGACAGAAACCACGUUUCACCUCACACAUUCAAUCAUUGGAGGGACUCAAGGAUGGACAGUCGGCUCAUUUCGAGUGCACACUCAUCCCAGUCAAUGAUCCCGAACUUAAAGUUGAGUGGUAUCACAACGGAAAACUGUUACGCCACUCCAACCGCAUUAAGACCGUAUCCGAUUUCGGCUAUGUUGUUUUGGAUAUUGCUUAUUUGCAAGAUCACGACAGUGGUGAGUACAUGUGCCGCGCCUACAAUAAGUAUGGUGAAGAUUUCACACGCGCUACACUCAACUGCGGCGGUCGUGGUGGCGUCUUCUAUGACAGUUUGCAACCCGAUUCACUGCCAAGAAUUCGUGAACUUGAAUGCCCACAAGGACAACAGGGCGAUACCGGUGCACCAGUGGUCACCGAACCACCUAAAUUUAUUACACAAAUUGCUGAUAUCACAAAACUGGUUGAGGGACAGAGUGCGCACUUUGAAGCACGUCUUACACCGGUCACCGAUCCAGAUCUUAAGGUGGAAUGGUAUUUCAAUGGCAAGAAGUUGCCACAUGGUCAUCGUUUCCGCACCUUCCACGAUUUCGGCAUUGUAAUCUUGGACAUCUUGUACUGUUACGAGGAAAAUUCAGGUGUAUAUGAAUGCCGCGCCGUCAACAAGUACGGCGAAGAUGUGACACGCGCCACGCUGAAGUGCACAUCCAAGGCCAACUUGAUUCUGGACUCACAACUGCCACGCGGCAUGGAAGGCGGUUUGGAGAAGAUCGCUAACCUAGAAUACAGCAUGGUACGUACACGCGACGAAACUGUUGAGGAAACUAAGGGCAAAGCACCCGUUUUCACCGUACCACUCGAGAAUAUCGACAAUAUGCGUGAAGGCGAGAAUGCACACUUCGAGGCACGCGUCACACCGACCGACGAUCCACGCUUGCGCGUUGAAUGGUUCUGGAAUGGACGUCCACUUAAAGCUGGCUCACGUUUCCGCACAUUCUGCGACUUCGGUUUUGUUAUUUUGGAGAUCUCACCUGUUUAUCCCGAGGACUCUGGCGAAUAUUCUUGCCGUGCUAUCAAUGAAUACGGUGAGGCUGUAACCACUGCCACCAUGAAAAUACAAGGCAAACGCAGCAUUAUCAUGGAAUCUCAACUGCCCAAGGGUAUGGAAGGUACUAUUGAUCGUAUUGCCGAACUUGAGGGUCUUGGUGGACGCAGCACAGAAUUCGUGCCUGAAGAUGAUAGUGGCAAGCCACCAGAAUUUAUUACAACACCAUUCGAUAUGGUCAUCACGGAAAAUUCGCUGGCGCACUUCGAAUGCCGCUUGCAGCCAGUUAAUGAUCCAAGCAUGCGCGUCGAUUGGUUCCACAAUGGCAAAGCUUUGUGGGCUGGUUCGCGCAUCAAGACAAUCAAUGAUUUUGGUUUUGUCAUUUUGGAAAUUGCCGGUUGUUAUCAACGUGAUACCGGUUUGUACACUUGCAAGGCCACCAAUAAACAUGGCGAGGCGACAGUUUCAUGCAAAUUGCAAGUCAAGGGCCGUCAAGGCAUCAUCGUUGAACCACAAUUGCCUUCGAACUUCCGCACAGGCACCGAAAGCCUACAGAAAUUGGAGGAGAGCAUGCAUAAGCGUGAAGAAAUCGUCAUCGAUGAGGAGCAACCGAAUCCACCUAAAUUCAUUGAGGAAAUUAAGGAUAACCUCGAUGUACCCGAAGGUGGUCCAAUACACUUCGAUUGUCGUGUUGAACCUGUUGGCGAUCCCACCAUGCGCAUUGACUGGUUCUACAAUGGACGUCCUAUGCCCACUGGCUCUCGUGUACAUCAGCUCAACGAUUUUGGCUUCAUCGCUAUGGAUAUCGAUUACAUUUAUAUACGUGAUGCUGGUGAGUACACUUGUCGCGCCACCAACAAAUGGGGCACUGCUACCACCACUGCCAAGGUUACUUGCAAGAGUAAGCAUAGCAUUGUGUACGAUACACAAUUGCCUGAUGGCAUGACGGCCGAGAAGUUGAAGGAACUCGAACGUGGUCGCAUACCCGAUGUACCCAGGAUUGAGGAACCCGAUUUCGGCCCACCAGAAUUCAUUACGGAAAUUCAAAAUGUCACCGCUGAGGAAUCCGAAGCUAUGCGCUUCGAGUGCCAAGUGGAACCGAAGACAGAUCCCAAUUUACGUGUGGAAUGGUAUCGCAAUGGCAAGUUGUUGCCCAGCGGUCACCGUUACAGAACCAUUUUCGAUAUGGGCUAUGUGUCACUCGAUAUUCUUUACGUUUACGCUGAAGACUCUGGCGAAUAUGUGUGCCGUGCGGUGAACAAACAUGGCGAGGCGCGCACCAAGGCGACAAUUUCAUGCAAGAAACUACCAACAAUUAUGCUGCAAAACCAAGUGCCACGUGGCAUGAAACCCAAUGAAACACUCACUCAAAUGGAGGCCACCAUUAAGAAAUAUACUUCAGAGGUGCACUUGACCGAGGAUGAUCUCUUCGAUCCGGAUCGCAAACAACCACCACGCUUCGUUACACAAAUCAAGGAACAGACCACGCUUACCGAGAUGGCAAAAACCAAAUUUGAAUGCCAAUUGGCGCCAGUUGGUGAUCCGAACAUGAAGGUUGAAUGGUUCUUCAACGGCAAGCCCUUGUUAUACAAGAAUCGCUUCCAACCCAUCUACGAUUUCGGUUAUGUAGCCAUGAACUUCGGCUGGGUCUAUCCAGAGGACAGCGGCGAAUAUGUGUGCCGUGCCACCAAUCUCUAUGGCAAGGAUGAGACUCGCGCAAUCAUUAAGGUCUCUGGAAAGCCUGGCAUUGUCUACGACUCACAGUUGCCAGCUCAUAUGCAGGAGACAUCUAUUCAGCGCAUUCGCGAAAUGGAAGCAUCUUGGCAAGUUGUACCAGAGGAGGUCGAUCCCGAUGCAAAACCACGAGCCAAACCAACUUUCGUCAGCAAAUUGGAACCACAAACCGUUGAGGAGGGCGAACCCGCACGUUUCUGUGUACGCGUAACUGGCCAUCCACGUCCCAGAGUUAUGUGGCUCAUCAACGGACACACCGUUGUGCAUGGCUCACGUUACAAGCUAACGAACGAUGGAAUGUUCCAUUUGGAUAUUCCAAAAACACGACAAUACGACACAGGCAAAGUCGAAGUGAUCGCUAGAAAUUCGGUUGGCGAAUCGAUCGCCACCACCGAACUGAAUGUGGUCGAACGUUCAGACGAUUAUCGCGGUGUAUUGAAGAAUUCACCACGUCCUUGGUAUGACUAUGAGCUAACUGCUUAUCAAAAGGAACGUCAAGAAACCGAGCUGGAGAAGAUAUUCGAUGAGCGCAAACAAUAUUUGGCCGAUCAAGGUAAACCACUAAAGGGUGUUGAACACUUGAAACCCAAACAAGUCAAAACCGAAACACCCGAAUGGCAACAAACCGUUAAUGCCAAACGCAGUGAAGAUUACUAUAGUAAAUUGCAAGAAUUAGAAACCGAGCAAUUGCUGAAGGAGACCAAUUUGCGCAAGGAAACACAUCAAUAUGCGAUACCCGGCGAGAAGGUUGUGCAGAGUUCCGCUGCCAAGGGCAUGGCCAAGUCCUACGAAGAGAAUCUGGAAGAGCAGUCCACAACAACAACCACAGCAGCUGCUAAGAAGGUUGUAAAGAAACCACCAGUUGAACCCGCUGAAUCCUCGGUGCAUGGACGUGAAGUCAUUAUGAAUAAGCAACAACAAACCCAGAAGGAAGUUGUUGGCGAUUUGGAGAUUACACGCAAGAUUACUGCUACCGAAACUACGGAAAUGGAGCAUAAGGGCACCGUGCAAGAGCGCGUUGUCAAGGGACCCGUACAACCCUCGAAACCACCAGUGUUCACCAAGAAAAUACAACCAUGCCGUGUGUUCGAAAACGAGCAGGCUAAAUUUGAGGUGGAAUUCGAUGGCGAACCAAUGCCCACCGUCAAGUGGUACCGUGAAAACUUCCCCAUCAAGAAUUCACCGGAUUUGCAAAUCCACACGUUCAGCGGCAAAUCCAUACUGAUCAUACGCCAAGUGUUCGUCGAGGACUCGGCUGUAUUCUCAUGUAUCGCAGAGAAUCGUGGAGGCACUGCCAAGUGCAGCGCCAAUUUGGUGGUCGAGGAACGUCGUCGUGCCGGCAAAGGUGGCCUAACACCACCUAGCUUUGUGAAUGUGAUUCAAAGCACCACUGUUGCCACUGGACAAUUGGCACGUUUCGACGCCAAGGUAACUGGCUCACGUCCAAUGGAUGUCUAUUGGUUGAAGAAUGGACAAAAGGUACAGCCAAGCAUUAAAUUCAAAAUGCUUGAAGAGGACAAUGUCUACACACUACUCAUUAUCGAGCCAUUUGCUGAAGAUUCGGGCCGUUAUGAGUGCGUUGCCGUUAAUGUAGCCGGUGAAGCACGUUGCGAUGCCGAUUGCAUUGUUCAAUCGCCGACUAAGCCAGAUAAGCCCACAACACCGGGCAGCGAGAAACCACCACAUAUUGUAGAGAAAUUGAAGAGUCAAUCGGUGGAGGAAGGUAGUAAAGUAAUCUUCCGUUGUCGCAUUGAGGGUAAACCCACACCGACAGCACGUUGGUUGCGUGGUGAGAAUAUUGUGAAGCCAUCGCGUUACUUCCAAAUGACACGUCAAGGUGAAUACUAUCAACUGGUGGUUUCUGAAGCCUUCCCCGAGGAUGAGGGCACUUACAAGUGUGUCGCCGAGAAUAAGCUGGGCAGUAUUCAGACCAGUGCUCAAUUGAAGGUGCGUCCAAUUGAGAAUCUCGACGCCCCACCAACCAUUACCGCACUGAAGGAUGUCUCCGUGUCGGAGGGUAUGCCAGCACAAUUCAAGACCACCGUUACCGGUAAAGUGAAGGCGACUAGUGUGCAAUGGUUCCGUGAGGGUUCACUUAUACCAGAAACUCCUGACUUCCAAAUGAUCUUCGAUGGAAACAGUGCCGUACUACUUAUUGGAACCACUUAUGAGGAGGACUCAGGCAUAUUCACCGUACGUGUAACCUCAUCAACUGGACAGGUCGAGUCAUCAGCUAAGUUGACUGUUAAAAAGCGACGCAUUUCGGCCUUCCAGUUACGUCCAAUAGACUCCGUGGAAGAUGAGACCUCAUCCUCAGGCAAAGAAGACAGCUCACCUGAGUCGCCACACACCCAGCAGCCCGGCGCACCACAGUAUGGCCAAUAUUUGGCUAUCAAUGGGCAAGCACCACAUCAGGGGCGUCCACGUACGAAGAAACCACGCAGUAAAUCAUUGCAGCCACAAUCAAAUAUUGUACCCUGGCGUAAAUCAUCGCGACCACGACGUGGUCGUUCGCUAGAUAAGCAACCCUUCUUCCCCGGUUACAAACCGGAACCAGUUAAAUCAUGGAAAGAGGAAACGAUAAGUCUGAAACCGACACCAAUCGAAAAGAAAGUCAUUCCGAAAAUGGAAGCCGCUAAGGUUGAACUCAAAUCCAUUAAGGAACAACGUAAUCAGGGUUUGAUGGGUAUCGGCGCAACGCUCGAUCAAAUUAUCGCUGGUAAGACUGAAAAGGAAGCCAUUCCAUGGAUCGUAAUGCGUGAUAAAUUGAAACAUGUCGAAAGUGUGCAAAAACAAUUGGACAAAUUCGAUUUGGAUGAAGUGUAUCUGCGACCACUCGAACAGCCAAUAGUAACAGAUCAGAAAGUACCACAACAGGCGCAAGAACAACAAGAACAAAUUGAACGUACAAAAGAGAUACAGCGACUGCGUAGCAUGGAGAGCUUUGAAAUCAACGAGAUGACGGAACAAAUCGAGAAGUUGAUAACGAAACAUCAAAAGGAAGAUGCCAUACCAUGGAAGGAAAUGCGUCAACAUUUGAAGAGUGUACAACGUGUCACUAAUCAAAUAGAGAAGUUCAAAAUAGAAGAAGUAGAAUUGCGCCCACUGCCGACACAGACCGCAACUACACAGGAAAUAAGUGAGACAACACAAAGCACUGUCUCAAUGAUGGUCGACGAGAGCUCUAAGGGCUCCAUACAGAAGGUGGUACGCAAAGAGCAAUUGCAACAGUAUGAAGAUGUCAAUGAGGUACACAAACAACAGUAUAUCAUAAGUGAAGACAUCAACUUGCUGAGUGUUGCUGAACGUGAGAAACUGGAAGCACAACGCAUCAUACAACAGCAGCAAGCUGUAAACUGGCGCCAAGGACGUAAAGUACCCGCAUUGCAGCCACUCACCUCGAUGGAGGAUACUUCAAUACUGAAGACGGGUGUUACGACCCAGGAAAAGUUCGAGCAAAGCUUGCAACAACAAAAAUACACCAGCGUUGAGGAUUCGAAGAUGAUGAGCAUCGAAGAGUACGAGCAUCUGCAAAUGAUGAAGCGUACACAAGAAGAGAAGGCUGUAGAAUGGCGUCAACAGCGUCAAGUGCAAGAAUUCCAACAAACUGAGGACUCCGCGAGAUUGUCAUUACAACAACGACAAGAUACGGAGGAACAACAAUUUGCACAACCGCAACCGACCCUGUGGGAUCGUGGUAGGAAGAAGCCACAACCUCAGCAGGCACAAUCUCAAGCACCACAAGCCACUAAGCAAUAUCCAGAGCAGCCUAAGACUUAUGAGGAAGCAGUGGAUGUGCUGCCUGAGGAGCCGGUGCCAGUAAAACCAGCCGAACAGCCAACGCCAGUUAUGUGGGAACGUGGUAGAAAGAAAACGACAACACAACAACAGCAAAUCACUGAAAUACAACAAGCCACUGAAGUAGUACAACAACAAUUCGUGGAGCAGCAACAAGUAAUCGAACAAAGAGAAUUUGUCGAAGAAACAAAGAAGACCAGCGUACGUAAAGCAAUUGCGCCACGUGAGCCUGAACAAAAAAUGGAGCAAGUUGUGCUCAAGCCCACACCACGCCCGCGUCCGAAGAUAACACAAAGGAGUGAAGAAGUGCACUCACAGACCUUGAAACGCACGCAAGCUACACAUGUUGUGGAAGAACAACCGACGAAAGCAUACGAGGAAGCUGUGGAUACACUUGAGGAAGAGGUAGUACCGCAGCAGCCGAUUGCACCCGAACCCGUAUUGUGGGAACGUGGAAAGAAGAAGCCCACUAAGGUUGAGGAGGUAAUUGCUGAACAACCAGUGAAAACUUAUGAAGAGGCUGUGGAUGAACUUCCAGAGCAACCUGUAUCACAAACCCCAGAACAGCCUCAACCUGUAUUGUGGGAACGCGGCAAGAAGAAGCCUACCGUGCAACCAGUUGUGGUAGAACAAGUUGAACAACAAGAGCAAACUAUUGAACAACAAACGGUGGUGGAAGAGGUUAAGAAAGUUGCACGUAAGGUUAUACCAAAAGAGCCAGAAGAAAAGAUGGAACAAGUGGUGCUUAAGCCAACACCGCGACAAAAACCAAGAGAUGCACCCAAAGCUGAGGAAGUGCAACUUAAACCUGCCAAGCGACCACAACCAACACACGCCACGGAAGAAGAUCAACAGCAACCAACGAAAACAUACGAAGAAGUAGUUGAUGAACUUCCUGAAGAACCAAAACCACAGCAACCAGAGCAACAACCGGUCUUAUGGGAGCGUGGUAAGAAGAAACCUAUCAAACCUGUAGAGGAAAAGGUGGAAGAGGUUGAACAAAAGGUAGAUGAACACAUUUCAGAGGAAGUGACCAUUGCUGAGGAAACUAAAAAGAAGGCUGCGCGUAAAAUUAUUCCACAAGAGCCAGAAAAAAUGGAACAAGUGGUGCUCAAACCUACACCAAGACAGAAACCCAAGGAAACGCCAAAGGCGGAAGAAGUACAAUUAAAGCCAACUAGACGUCCACAGCCAACACAAGUCGUUGAAGAAAAGCCACAAGAACCAACGAAAGCAUACGAAGAAGCUGUAGAUGAAAUAACCGAAGAGGCAGCUCAAAUUGAAGAACAACCGCAACCUGUUAUGUGGGAACGUGGUAAGAAAAAGAAGCCUAUUAAGCCUACAGAAGAGAAGGUAGAAGAUAUUCCCGUACCACAAACACAAGAAGAAGUAGUUGAUGUAAUCGAGGAGCCCAAACCAGAGCAACCAGAAGAGAAGCCUGUACUGUGGGAACGUGGUAAGAAAAAACCAAAGGCUGAAGAAGUUGAAAUUGUCGAAACGCAGAAAGAAGAAGUACAAGAACAAGAAGUAGUUGAGAAAAAGAAGGUCAAGAAAAUUAAGAAACGCCCAAGCGUGACUGAGGUAGUACAAACUGAAGACGUAGCACCAACGGUUGAAGAAGAAGAAGUUAUUGAAGAAGUGCCCGAAGAGACACAACCAACAAUUGACGAAGACAAAACCAUAGAGGAGACAACAGAAAUUGUGGAGAAAAUCAAAACUAAGAAAGUCAAGAAACCAAAAGUGAAGCCAGAAGAAAUUGAAGUUACGGAAACUCCAGAAGAAGUUGUUGAAGAAGUCAGUAUUGCAGAAGAAACCGUUGAAGAAAAGAAACGUAAAGUCAAAAAGGUGAAGAAACAUAAGAAGGAGAAAAUUGCCGACGAUGUUGAAGAAAUUCAGCCUGAAGAAGAAGAAGAAGAAGAAAUACAGCCAGAAGAACCAGAGCCAGAAGAACCAGUGCCAGAAGAAAAGGUACCGAUUAAACGUAAAGAGAUUAAACCACAAGAGCCUGAACAAGUCGAAAAGGUGACACUUAAACCGGUACCACGCAAACAGUUACCGAAACCAGAGCAAGAAAAACCAGAAGAAGUCACACUCAAACCAUUUAAGAAACAUGUAGUUUCUGAAGAUCUACAGCAGCCCACAGAGGUAGAAACUCACGAAGAGGUUCCUGAAAAAGUCGUCGUAGAAGUCAUCGAAGAGGUCACGAAGAAACGUGUCAAGAAGAAGAAGCCCAAGAAGAAGACAGCUGAGCAAGACGAGGAAGAGGAAGUCGAACAGCCCACUGAAGAAGUAGAAGAAGAAGAAGAAGAAGAAAUUGUAGAACCUGCUCCAGAAACUGAAGAGCAAUCAAUCGAAAAAGAUGUAGAAACAGCAGAGGUUGUACCACAACCCAAGCCGAAACCUAAACCAGUACCAGUAGAAGAAAAGGUGGAAGAAGUUUCACUGAAACCAAUAAGAAAAGUUAAAAAGCCUUUACCUGAAGAACAAACCAUCGAGGAGGUAAAACUUAAGCCUGUAAGACGUCCACAACAAGUGCCAGAAGAGCAGCAGCUCGAAGAAGUAGUGUUGCAGCAUGUCGAGAAACAAGCAGAAGAAAUCAUAGUUGAGGAAAAGAAAAAGACAAAGCGUGUUAAGAAGCCAAAGGCAGAGGAAUUACCAGAAAUACCAGAUGCAGAGCCAGUACAACUUGAAGAAGCUGAGCAUUAUGAUAUUGAAAAGGAACCUAUUGUGGAGGAACCACAACCGCAAGUGCCUUGGAAGCGUGGCGAAAAGAAGAAGCCUGUCGAAGAACCUAUUGAAGAAAAACAAUUGCCUACAGGUAAGAGAAGACCGCUAGCCGAAGAACAACCAGAGGAAGUCAAACUCAAGCCAAUACCACAAAAACCGAAAGAAGAACCAGUGCAACCAAUUAAAGAAGUACCAGCACCUAAAUUGGCGCCCGAAGAACGACCACAACCGGAGGAGGAAGAACUUGAAAUCACUCCCAUACCCGUCGAAGACGAGACCAAGCCACAAAAGGAGAAGCCAAAGAAAGAAAAGAAGAAGAAACCGAAAUUACAAAAGGCAACACCAUCAGUUGAUGAAAUUACUGAAGAAAUCGCUGAACCAUUUAAUGAACCAAUCACCGAAGAAGAUCAAGUAGAUGAAAUACCGAUUGACGAAAUCAAAGAAGUUGCCGUCUCUGAAGAGGUCUUACCCGAAGAGGAGGUCGUGCCAACCGAAGAUGUGAUCACCACAAAACAAAAGGCACAUAAGAAACGCACAAAGCGACUAAAGGAUGCAUCUUUCGAAGAUCAACCACAGUUACUUGAAGCCGAAAUUGUGGAUCUUGAAGCUGAAGAGAUCAUAACGCAAGAAACUUCACAAGAAGUCUCACAAAAGACAAUUACACUUAAAAAGACUGAAGACAACCGACCACAAUUCAUAACUACAGAGCAAUUGAUCGAGCUCGAUGUUGAUGAUGUGCGACGCGGUAUCGACAUGAAAAUUACAUCCAAUAUUGUCAAGAAAGAAACGCGACGUAUCAUCCUGGACGACAGUCAACCGUUACCCGAGCUUGAGCUAAUCACGCAAAAGCGCAUACAAGAGGGUAUCGAUAUGCUGCCCGACGAAGAAUUGAUCGAAGAUCAAAACGUGCCACAAAAGGAAGAGACCACAACAUCCGAAGUGCAACGACAAGAGCGUAAAUUGGUGCGCAAAAAGAAGAAGGAAAUCAAACCGCCACGUAUUACCGAAAAGUUACGGCCGGUUAUGUGCACACCCGAAGAGCCCACAGAGCUGGAGUGUAAGAUUGAGGGCACACCAUUCCCAGAAAUCAGCUGGUAUUUCAACGAUGUGCUCUUAUUCGCUUCGGAGAAAUACGAAAUUACGGUAAUGGAAGAUGUAGCCAAGUUGAAGAUCGCUAAAGUCACGCCCAGCGAUGUGGGCGUAUACACUUGCGAGGCGCGCAACGAAGCCGGCGUAGCAACGAGUCGUGCCAACAUCUUUUUGGAAAAAGAACAAGGCAUUGCACCACAAUUCACAAAACCGCUCAAGAUCGAGUUCACCGAAGAGAAGGAACCCGAAUUGUUGAGAGUCACUGUUACUUGUCAAGUCGUCGGCAAGCCAAUGCCACAAGUGAAAUGGUAUCGCGGCACCGAAGAGGUCAUACCCAGCGAAACUGUACAGACAUGCUACAAUGAAGAAACGGGCGAUGUCGCUUUGGAGGUCAUUAAUCCGACACCGAAUGAAGCGAUCACAUACUCCGUGCAAGCGCAAAACGAUUUCGGACGUGCCAUUGGCAAUGCCAACAUACUUAGCCGCGUCGAAGAGGCACCACUGGAGGUAUUGAAACCACCUAAGGUAACACCGCUGUAUGCACAAGUUAUACCGACCGGUGGUACCUUGUUGUUCGAGGCCAAAUAUGAGGGUACGCCACGGCCAGAAAUCGUUUGGCUGCGCAACGGACGUGAAAUACAGAUCAAUGAAGACGUCACAAUAGAAACCACCGAGACUACGACCACAAUCAAAAUAAUCAAUAUGAAUCGCAAACGUAGUGGUAAAUAUGAAGUAUGUGCCAAGAAUCCAGUUGGCGAAGCUAAAUCUUCGGGUUCGGUAAUGGUUACCGAUCAAGCGCCCGACAAAGAGAUUAUACCACCACGUUUCAUUCAACCGCUACAACCGAAGUAUUUUGGUGAAAAUGAAGUUGCCAUAUUGGAGGCUGUUGUCACAUCCGAACCACUCUCGUCAUUCCAAUGGUUUGUCAAUGUUGAACCCAUCAAGAGUACAAACGAAUGUCGUAUAGUUUCGCAGGCGAACAAAUCGACACUGCUGAUCGAGAAAUUCGAGCGUAAAUUCGUUGGUCCGUACACGUGUCGUGCGGAGAAUGUUGGCGGUUCGGUUACAUCGACUGCAACCGUUAAAUUACUGGAAGAUAGUCCACAAGAGAGUGUGGAAGAAUUCGAAUCGCCACGAUUCGUUGAAGAAUUGUUAGAGCCGAUUACGGUAAUGGACGGUGAGGCAUUAUUGCUCACCUGCAAAGUGGUUGGCAAGCCGACGCCGCGCGUCGAAUGGUAUCAUAAUGAGGAGAAAAUUGUGGAGACCAAAGAGACAUUAAUAUCGCAGGAUGCCGAUGGCUUGUGUCAGUUGCAAAUAACCGAAGUAUUCCCCGAAAAUGAUGGCGAAUACAAGUGUGUGGCCAGCAAUAAAAUUGGCGAAGCGCUAACAACGACAUUUGUUAAUAUACAAGCAUUUGAAUAUAUCCCCGAUUCUGAAAUCACUGGACUCACUGGCUCCGAAGAGGAUCUCCUGGAUAAGACUCUUUCCAUCGACGAACAAGCACCGAAAAUCAUUAAGAAAUUACCUGAAAAAAUCGAACCCAAAGAGGGUGAACUAGCGAAAUUGGAAGUUAAAGUUAUUGGUAAACCAAAACCCAAAGUCAAAUGGCUGCGCGACGACGAAGAGAUAUUCGCUUCCGAGGAAUAUCAAAUCGAAAAUUUCGAAGAUGGCACCUCAGUGCUGGUCAUCAAUCACGUCUAUCCCGAUGAUGUGGGCGUCAUUAGCUUUGAGGCGCACAAUCCAUUGGGUGUAGCCGUGACAACGGCGCUCUUUGCGGUCGAAGGCAUCGUUGGAACUAAGGACUACCGCAAACCGGAAUGGGUAACGCAUAUGGAAGAAAUGCAGAAGGCGCUCAAAGAAACAACAGCACCUUUGAUAGCCACACAUGUGGAUGAGAAAAUCAUACAACAACAACAACAACAAGUGCAACAACAACAACUACUAGUACAACAAGAACAACAUGAACAAACAGUUAUCAUACAACAACAACUACAAGCGGAAGAAGAAAUUCUUAUUAAAAGCGAAAAAGUUAAAAAGAAGAAAAAGAAAGUAUCACAACAACAACAAAUAACUCAAGAAAUUGUAGAAAUGCAAGAAGAACAAAAAGAAACUCGUAUUCAUAAAGACUUACAAUCACAUCAGAUGCUCGAAGAUUUCUACACCACCGACACAGUUACGAGCAUACAAUCCGAAGACAUACCAUACGAAACCAUACAGAUUCAAACACUACCACAAGAGACUAUCGAAACAACAGCGCUAACACAAGUUUUACAGGUGUCCACUGAACGGCCCGAGCCGAAAGUGGCGCAUGCCGAUAUCGCACCCGUCAAGACUGUGGCAAUGCAAGAGGAAUCGAGUAUGCUCGAAGUGGAGGAAGGUCUAAAGCCGCAACGUCGGCGACCAAGUGAAAAAUUGCACGAAACCAUAACGGAAGUCACGCGUCGUGCCGCCGCAGUAACUGAAGUGGAGACGAAGCAAAACGCAGUUGAGCUCGUAAGCGAAAGAAAACCGAAAGCGGCGCAAGCCCAACCGACUGUGGACGAAAGCGAAACUGUAUUGGUGGAGAAGCCACUAGUAGAAGACACAGUCGAAGAUUUGCAAGGCGCCAAAGUGCCAGAAGAACAUGCUAUGCCCACUGUAGUGCCACAUAUUUCACAACAACAAUUGGAGUUGACAACCGCCGAUGCGGUGGGUGAUUUGCCCGCGAACGUGCUGCGCGAAAAACCGACCGAAAAUGCCACAACAGAUUAUGUGCCACAUAAGAGUGUCAUAGUGGAGCAAUUAGUAAGUAGCGAGACUACUGAAAAGAAUAUUAUUCUAGAGAAAGUUGCUGAGAAACAAAUACCAAUCGGUGUUGUGAUGGCUGAGACAAGCGUUGAAGUGGUAGAAGUACAGCCGCAGGAUACAACGGCAACCUACGACACGCCACAUACAAAGCAAGAGGGUGCAGUGCCGACAUUAGUCGAACAUUUAGCAUAUGUAGAGAAAGAAGAGAAAACUGUCGACAAGGAGGAUGUAUUUGAGAAAGCGAAAUCACCGCUCAAGUCGACGGCGGACGUGGAGGUCACUGCAGAAACUGUGCCAUUGGAAGUAACACAAAGCGAAACGGCUGAAACGGUACUAGAGCUCAAAGCACAGAAGUUGCCGGACACCAGCAAAGCGCUAGAAAAUUUAAUAGUGCAACGCAGCUUGAUUGGUACACAACCAGACCUGCAAAGCCCAUUGGAAGAAGUGCCUAAAACAGAUAUGAUAACCCAAACGGCCGUGGGUAAUUUGACCGAAAAUAUACAUAUAGUCGGUGCGGAAGUAACUGCGCUCGAAGAGAGACCAACGGAUUUAAUACCUACCGUAGAGCCCAAGUUGGCGGUGGCAGAAAGCGAACAAACACAGAGUCUAAUUGUGGGACAGAUAAGUGAAACAUUAACGGAAGAGCGCACCGAGUCACUCGAACAAGUAACGCCAACACCAGGUAAGCUAACUAAAACUGCAUUAACCGCAGCCAAUGCGGUAGCGUUACGCAACGAAGAUUUAAUUUGUGAUGCGACUGCGUUGAUUGAGAGCACACAACCCAGCGAGCAGCACACGAAACUCGGCUAUGAAGGCGCUGCUCCUGUAGCUAACAUAGGCACUGUAGAAACGCAUGAUAAGGAAGUGACACUGCCGACACAAAAGCCCGAAACAGCUGAAGCGAAGUACAGUUACAUGGAGCAGACCUCAUUGUCGAUUAAAACGGAUCAAAUGCUAGAAGCGGCAGGCGAUUGGCAGGCUGUGCUGCCACCAAUUAGUCAAAUCGCAAGUCACAAACAAACGGAAAUUAAGUUGACCGCACCGAACGUGCUCGAAGUACAACUGCAGGCAAGCUCUGAGUCAUUAGAAACAGACACACCGAAACAAGUGGCCGCCACAAAAACAAUCGACACCAUCUAUGGUGGUUUAAGCGAAAUGCAGGCUGUGCUAGAGACACAUACCGAACUCAAAGAGCUGGAACAGCCGGCGGAGAAAACGGUACAGCCGCUGCCUGGCAGAGAAAUGCAACCAUUAGCCGUUUACGAAGUGCAAACUACGGAAACGGAUCAAGCACUAAAUUUACCGGAAAAACCAGUCAUGCAAGCUCUACACGAAACUACACCUGAAACUUAUACACCGCUCGAGCGCACCGAAAUUUUGACUUUAGAUACGACACACAAAGUCGAGGAGCAAAUGAAACCACAAACAGCUCAAGCAGAAUUUGGCUUACAAACACAGCGUAGCACAAAAGUGCAGCAACAAACAACAUUGGAUGUCGUAGAUGUGCUUGUAACGGAGGAAUUGCCAGUCAAGCAAACAAUCAGCAGUGAUAUUGAGUUGUCACAACCCUUGGAGAUCAUUACAACAGCCAUACACGACAAGGAAUCCAAGUUAACACCAGCCGACAUGCCUGCCGCAAAGGAAGUGCAAACGAUAACCACGGACACAUUGCCAGUAGCCGAUACAGAAAUUACGCAACCCAUGGAAGCUUUUACGUCGCUCGACGAAACACAAUUGGAUAAAAAACAUGCGCACUAUGGUUUCACCGAAAUCAUAUCGACAGUGCAGACAAGUAAUGUAACGCUAGAGGGUACUCAAGAAUACACAAGAAAGCAAGUGCCCACAGAUGCCGUCGCCAGUGUAGAGCUAGACUCGCAUAAGAACGCCUUCGAAGUACGCACAACUAACUUCAGUGAGAAAGAAGUAACACUCAGCGCUGACCUGCCGCACGCCAAGGGGCCAGCAGAGUUGAAAAUAAAUGAGUUGACGCAAAAGAGCGCCAUAACACAAGCGCCUUACGUGCACGAGAGUGCCGGUGAGCUAAAAGGUGUGGAAUCCUUGGAGACCAUAGGCAAGCCGACGACUGAUAGCAGCUAUGAAAUCUCGAUACGACAAGAAAGUGUCUAUGAGAAAGAGACCUCACUUGAACCUUAUCAAAAAGGUAAAGAAUUUGCGGCAACCGUGACGUUCAACACCGAAGAUGCUAAGCAAAUAGAGCAGAACUUACUGUACGAGCGCGAGCAGACAUUCGAUAAAGUACAACCGAUUGCGGCGAACGCGCAAGCGGCAGCACCAACGGAGAAUUUAAAACUGCCGUUAAACGAAAAUGUUUACGACUUGGAGAGCGUGGGCACCAUCGACAAGCUGAAACUUACCACAAGCUCGGCCAUUUCGCAAUAUCAAAACCUGAAUGAAACUAUUAUUUCGGAAAUCAUUGCUUAUGAGGACUCCCGACCCGAUGCAAUGGUACUGCAAAAGCAUGUCGAACAACCGCUUGAAGCUGCGCUAACACUCUCCGAAUAUGCCGCAAUCGCUAGCGAAAAUAUUGUUAUAGAGAAUGCACAGCUCUACGAAGAUAAACCAACAUUUACUGAAAAGCACGCACGCGAGGCAACAAGCGAGCAACAAAUGCAUGCACCCUUGCUGCAAGAAACGAGCUUACUAGAUGCCGCGACAGCGUUGCCAACGCACACAGAGCUCGGUGAUAUGGCAAAACCGGGCACGGAGCAAACAUUACUCACUACAAAUGUUGUUAGAGAAGAAAAUAUCUACGAGCAAUAUAAGCCCGUACAGGAUGAAGAGAUACAGCCUGCGGCACAUGCCAACAUUGGGCACGCCACACAACAACUGCCUACGAUACAAGCUCCACAGAUAGCCGAGCGGGAAGGUAAACUGAAGUUGCCAAAAGAAGUCGCGCCACAACAAGCGAACGAAGCGGACUUGAGCAAAACUUUAGGACUGCCAAUAGUCAGUGAGACUAAUGCAGCGGAAGCGCCAAACCUGCUAGCAACGGAGGUGCCAAGCUUAACAGAAGUAAAGUCGACGCUUACCGGCGCACAGCACGAAGUUCAGACUACGCAAGUGCAAACCUACGAGGAAACGGAUGAAUUAUUAACACGUGAUAAUGCGCCAACCGCGCAAACAGUGGUCAAUUUAGAAAAUAUACCAAGACCAGCGCAGGUCGAGACCCUCACCGCCGUCUACGCCAAAGAAGGUGAUUUAGAGCGUUUCGAGAGCGAUGAGCAGCAUGCCAAACCCUAUGUGGAGGGUAUGUACACAGAGACCAUCACAAGUGAUGUGACAGCGUUUGAAAAAACCGAUGUUUUAGAUAAGCUAGAGUUCGAAACUAAGGCGGCCAAGCCGACCAUUGAUGGACAACAACAGUUACAGGUCGAGCAACUGAAUGUUGUGUUAGACAAAGAGAACACCUUUGAAAUUAAGGUGAAAACAGAAAGCGCCAAGCCUUAUAUAGAGGGCACGCAACACGAAACGCUCAUCACGGAGAUGGCUGCUGUAGAACAACUAAGCGAUUUGCCAGCAGGUCUGGAAAAAACAGAUAAAACAGCACGUCAACAACUGGUAGAGGAGAGCUUGCGUCAAGCACAAACAAUCUGCACACCAAUCUUAUUAGAAAAAGAAACACCAACAAGCGACGCCGAGCCAACAAAGUACAUGGCAAAGCCACAAACUGCCGCAAUACAAAAUGACAAAAUCAUCGCCGAGCUUACGCCCUACGAAGGCGUGCUGCCGUUCGAAACCGGCGAUGGCGCGAAACCGCAACAUGCCAGCGCCAGCUUAACAACAAAAUUGACGCACAGCCAAAUCACAACACUGCAGGAAACUCUCACCAAAGAACAGCGCCUAACAAGCGCACAGCCUGAGCAGCAAAGCGCCAUUUUAGUCAACGCGCAGAAUAUAGCGCACACGACCGAGGAAACGAUCGGUCUAAAUCUAAUAACCGACACAUAUGACUUGAAGCAACAGCCGGAGCGAAUAGCGCAUAGCACACACGCCGAUCUAAAUGAAAGUAAAACAGUGACAGAAUCGCUAUCGUAUGAGCAAACGACGACAUUGCCCACAGAGGAGCGCGCAACACAAUUGCCAAGCGGCAGCACUGUGCCGACAGAACAAACCAAAUCGGCGCAGAAAACCGAAGUAAAUAUUUACGAAAGUAUACAAGAAGAAGUUGGCGACUUCAGGCCACACACCGUCGAGGGCAUAGAAAGCAGCGUAGUUGUGCGCGAACUCAAAGCGCCCCUCAUCGAUGAGGUUACCGUGAAACCGGCACUCGAACACAUGGCGGCUAGUAUGCCGCAACAGGAAACUGCAACAACCAACACUACAGCGUUCGACAAUUUAAGCGUCAGUGCGCAGGUAGCCUAUGAAAGUGCUGCUGUGAUCACAAGUCAGCCGGCGGUAGAUGAGCGCAAGGCACAAGUGCGUGUGACAGACACACUCGUACAGACAACCAUCACCGAUGUACCACUUGUUAACGAGAACGCCGCUAAGCUGCAGGAUGUUAGACAUACCGAUGAGCAUGCCGAUGUUAGCAUAACACCACAACAUAGUACGUAUUUGCAUGAACAAACCGAAAUACAGGAUAAUCUCAGCACAUUGAACACAAGCACAACACCAACAACGGCUGCGGCCGAAAUGACAGUUAUGCCACAGUAUGCGCUAGCUGGUAGCGAUGCGCAGACAUACGAGCAUACGAUUCCACAAACCAUAGUUCUAACAACAACAACAAUAACACCACAAAGCACCACAACACCAACAACAGGAAAAAUAGCGCUGCAAACAACACAAUUUAUAGCGGAACACUCGGAUAUACACGAAGAUACAAAAACAAAAACUGAUCAAGCUAUCAGCACUUAUCAGCCACACAUCACAUUCGAUCAAUCAAUUGUGGUUGAAUACGAAAAAGAAACACAACUUAAAACAUUACAACAAAACGCACAACAAUUACAAACAACAAGCGCACAGCCAAAUCAUAUUUUACCAACAGAACGUGAAGAAAUGUUAAAUGAGUGUGUCUCCGAAUUAAUGGCAGAAGACAAAACGUCAAAAGCCUUAAAAACACCAAUCACAACGAGCGGUGUUAGUGAUUUUGUAGAGGGAAUAACUGUUGAGGUAGUACCGGCAUAUCAUAAUGUCGAUGACAUACAACCAAUUAGUGUAGCACACGAAAAACCUAAGUACAUACAUGAAACCAUGAAAGACAAAGUAGAAAAAGUAGAAACACUAAGUGUAAAAACCGAUUUUGACACACCGAAAACAUCUCACACUACAGAACACAAAACACAACAAAAAACACUUAUAACCGAAGAUGAAAAAACCACUGAAAUGCCAGAAGCAGUACACAUCAUUGAGACAAUCUCCGAUGAAGGCAAACCCAAAAAGAGGACGAUACGCACACGUGUCAUAAAAAGGAUCAAAGGUGGCAAACAAGAAGUCACAAAGAUCGAAACUGUUGAAGAAGAUGACAAACAACCAGAAACCACAGUCACAGUUGAAGAAACACCUGUCGAAGAAGCACCUGAGGAAGUUAAAGAAAUGCCCGAAGAGGUGCGUGUGGUUGAGACCAUCUCCGAAGACGGUAAACCAAAGAAGAAGAAGAUCCGUACACGAGUAAUCAAGAAGGUCAAGGGUGGCAAACAAGAAGUCACUAAGAUCGAAACCGUUGAAGAAGAUGACAAACAGCCAGAAACCACAGUCACAGUUGAAGAAACACCUGUUGAAGAAGCACCCGAGGAGGUUAGAGAAAUGCCCGAAGAGGUGCGUGUGGUAGAGACCAUCUCCGAAGACGGUAAACCAAAGAAGAAGAAGAUCCGUACACGAGUAAUCAAGAAGGUCAAGGGUGGCAAACAAGAAGUCACGAAGAUCGAAACUGUUGAAGAAGAUGACAAACAACCAGAAACCACAGUCACAGUUGAAGAAACACCUGUUGAAGAAGCACCUGAGGAGGUUAGAGAAAUGCCCGAAGAGGUGCGUGUGGUAGAGACCAUCUCCGAAGACGGUAAACCAAAGAAGAAGAAGAUCCGUACACGAGUAAUCAAGAAGGUCAAGGGUGGUAAACAAGAAGUCACAAAGAUUGAAACCGUUGAAGAAGAUGACAAACAACCAGAAACCACAGUCACAGUUGAAGAAACACCUGUUGAAGAAGCACCCGAGGAGGUUAGAGAAAUGCCCGAAGAGGUGCGUGUGGUAGAGACCAUCUCCGAAGACGGUAAACCAAAGAAGAAGAAGAUCCGUACACGAGUAAUCAAGAAGGUCAAGGGUGAUAAACAAGAAGUCACAAAGAUCGAAACUGUUGAAGAAGAUGACAAACAACCAGAAACCACAGUCACAGUUGAAGAAACACCUGUUGAAAAAGCACCUGAGGAAGUUAGAGAAAUGCCCGAAGAGGUGCGUGUGGUAGAGACCAUCUCCGAAGACGGUAAACCAAAGAAGAAGAAGAUCCGUACACGAGUAAUAAAGAAGAUCAAGGGUGGCAAACAAGAAGUCACUAAGAUCGAAACCGUUGAAGAAGAUGACAAACAGCCAGAAACCACAGUCACAGUUGAAGAAACACCUGUUGAAGAAGCACCCGAGGAGGUUAGAGAAAUGCCCGAAGAGGUGCGUGUGGUUGAGACCAUCUCCGAAGACGGUAAACCAAAGAAGAAGAAGAUCCGUACACGAGUAAUAAAGAAGGUCAAGGGUGGCAAACAAGAAGUCACAAAGAUCGAAACCGUUGAAGAAGAUGACAAACAGCCAGAAACCACAGUCACAGUUGAAGAAACACCUGUUGAAGAAGCACCCGAGGAGGUUAGAGAAAUGCCCGAAGAGGUGCGUGUGGUAGAGACCAUCUCCGAAGACGGUAAACCAAAGAAAAAGAAAAUACGCACACGAGUAAUCAAGAAGGUCAAGGGUGGUAAACAAGAAGUCACAAAGAUCGAAACCGUUGAAGAAGAUGACAAACAACCAGAAACCACAGUCACAGUUGAAGAAACACCUGUUGAAGAAGCACCCGAGGAGGUUAGAGAAAUGCCCGAAGAGGUGCGUGUGGUAGAGACCAUCUCCGAAGACGGUAAACCAAAGAAGAAGAAGAUCCGUACACGAGUAAUAAAGAAGGUCAAGGGUGGCAAACAAGAAGUCACUAAGAUCGAAACCGUUGAAGAAGAUGACAAACAGCCAGAAACCACAGUCACAGUUGAAGAAACACCUGUUGAAGAAGCACCCGAGGAGGUUAGAGAAAUGCCCGAAGAGGUGCGUGUGGUAGAGACCAUCUCCGAAGACGGUAAACCAAAGAAGAAGAAGAUCCGUACACGAGUAAUCAAGAAGGUCAAGGGUGAUAAACAAGAAGUCACGAAGAUCGAAACUGUUGAAGAAGAUGACAAACAACCAGAAACCACAGUCACAGUUGAAGAAACACCUGUCGAAGAAGCACCUGAGGAAGUUAAAGAAAUGCCCGAAGAGGUGCGUGUGGUUGAGACCAUCUCCGAAGACGGUAAACCAAAGAAAAAGAAGAUACGCACACGAGUAAUCAAGAAGGUCAAGGGUGAUAAACAAGAAGUCACGAAGAUCGAAACUGUUGAAGAAGAUGACAAACAACCAGAAACCACAGUCACAGUUGAAGAAACACCUGUUGAAGAAGCACCCGAGGAGGUUAGAGAAAUGCCCGAAGAGGUGCGCGUGGUAGAGACCAUCUCCGAAGACGGUAAACCAAAGAAGAAAAAGAUCCGCACACGAGUAAUCAAGAAGGUCAAGGGUGGUAAACAAGAAGUCACAAAGAUCGAAACCGUUGAAGAAGAUGACAAACAACCAGAAACCACAGUCACAGUUGAAGAAACACCUGUUGAAGAAGCACCCGAGGAGGUUAGAGAAAUGCCCGAAGAGGUGCGUGUGGUUGAGACCAUCUCCGAAGACGGUAAACCAAAGAAAAAGAAGAUACGCACACGAGUAAUCAAGAAGGUCAAGGGUGAUAAACAAGAAGUCACGAAGAUCGAAACUGUUGAAGAAGAUGACAAACAACCAGAAACCACAGUCACAGUUGAAGAAACACCUGUUGAAGAAGCACCUGAGGAAGUUAGAGAAAUGCCCGAAGAGGUGCGUGUGGUAGAGACCAUCUCCGAAGACGGUAAACCAAAGAAGAAGAAGAUCCGUACACGAGUAAUCAAGAAGGUCAAGGGUGGCAAACAAGAAGUCACUAAGAUCGAAACCGUUGAAGAAGAUGACAAACAGCCAGAAACCACAGUCACAGUUGAAGAAACACCUGUUGAAGAAGCACCUGAGGAAGUUAGAGAAAUGCCCGAAGAGGUGCGUGUGGUAGAGACCAUCUCCGAAGACGGUAAACCAAAGAAGAAAAAGAUCCGUACACGAGUAAUCAAGAAGGUCAAGGGUGGUAAACAAGAAGUCACAAAGAUCGAAACCGUUGAAGAAGAUGACAAACAGCCAGAAACCACAGUCACAGUUGAAGAAACACCUGUUGAAGAAGCACCGGAGGAGGUUAGAGAAAUGCCCGAAGAGGUGCGUGUGGUAGAGACCAUCUCCGAAGACGGUAAACCAAAGAAGAAAAAGAUCCGUACACGAGUAAUCAAGAAGGUCAAGGGUGGUAAACAAGAAGUCACAAAGAUCGAAACCGUUGAAGAAGAUGACAAACAACCAGAAACCACAGUCACAGUUGAAGAAACACCUGUUGAAGAAGCACCUGAGGAAGUUAGAGAAAUGCCCGAAGAGGUGCGCGUGGUAGAGACCAUCUCCGAAGACGGUAAACCAAAGAAGAAAAAGAUCCGUACACGAGUAAUCAAGAAGGUCAAGGGUGGUAAACAAGAAGUCACAAAGAUCGAAACCGUUGAAGAAGAUGACAAACAACCAGAAACCACAGUCACAGUUGAAGAAACACCUGUUGAAGAAGCACCUGAGGAGGUUAGAGAAAUGCCCGAAGAGGUGCGUGUGGUAGAGACCAUCUCCGAAGACGGUAAACCAAAGAAGAAGAAGAUACGUACUCGUGUGAUUAAGAAGGUCAAGGGUGAUAAACAAGAAGUCACGAAGAUCGAAACCGUUGAGGAAGACGACAAACAACCAGAAACCACAGUCACAGUUGAAGAAACUCCUGUUGAAGUAGUACCCGAGGAGGUUAGAGAAAUGCCCGAAGAGGUGCGUGUGGUAGAGACCAUCUCCGAAGACGGUAAACCAAAGAAGAAGAAGAUCCGUACACGAGUAAUCAAGAAGGUCAAGGGUGGCAAACAAGAAGUCACUAAGAUCGAAACCGUUGAAGAAGAUGACAAACAGCCAGAAACCACAGUCACAGUUGAAGAAACACCUGUUGAAGAAGCACCCGAGGAGGUUAGAGAAAUGCCCGAAGAGGUGCGUGUGGUAGAGACCAUCUCCGAAGACGGUAAGCCAAAGAAGAAGAAGAUCCGUACACGAGUAAUCAAGAAGGUCAAAGGUGGCAAACAAGAAGUCACGAAGAUCGAAACUGUUGAAGAAGAUGACAAACAACCAGAAACCACAGUCACAGUUGAAGAAACACCUGUCGAAGAAGCACCCGAGGAGGUUAGGGAAAUGCCCGAAGAGGUGCGUGUGGUUGAGACCAUCUCUGAAGACGGUAAACCAAAGAAGAAGAAGAUCCGCACACGAGUAAUCAAGAAGGUCAAGGGUGAUAAACAAGAAGUCACAAAGAUCGAAACUGUUGAAGAAGACGACAAACAACCAGAAACCACAGUCACAGUUGAAGAAACACCUGUUGAAGAAGCACCUGAGGAAGUAAGAGAAAUGCCCGAAGAGGUGCGUGUGGUUGAGACCAUCUCCGAAGACGGUAAACCAAAGAAGAAGAAGAUCCGUACACGAGUAAUCAAGAAGGUCAAGGGUGGCAAACAAGAAGUCACAAAGAUCGAAACCGUUGAAGAAGAUGACAAACAGCCAGAAACCACAGUCACAGUUGAAGAAACACCUGUUGAAGAAGCACCGGAGGAGGUUAGAGAAAUGCCCGAAGAGGUGCGUGUGGUUGAGACCAUCUCCGAAGACGGUAAACCAAAGAAAAAGAAGAUACGCACACGAGUAAUCAAGAAGGUCAAGGGUGGCAAACAAGAAGUCACAAAGAUCGAAACCGUUGAAGAAGAUGACAAACAGCCAGAAACCACAGUCACAGUUGAAGAAACACCUGUUGAAGAAGCACCCGAGGAGGUUAAAGAAAUGCCCGAAGAGGUGCGUGUGGUUGAGACCAUCUCCGAAGAUGGUAAACCGAAGAAGAAAAAGAUCCGUACACGAGUAAUCAAGAAGGUCAAGGACGGUAAACAAGAAGUCACAAAGAUCGAAACCGUUGAAGAAGAUGACAAACAACCAGAAACCACAAUCACAGUUGAAGAAACACCUGUUGAAGAAGCACCGGAGGAGGUUAGAGAAAUGCCCGAAGAGGUGCGUGUGGUUGAGACCAUCUCCGAAGACGGUAAACCAAAGAAAAAGAAGAUACGCACACGAGUAAUCAAGAAGGUCAAGGGUGGCAAACAAGAAGUCACAAAGAUCGAAACCGUUGAAGAAGAUGACAAACAGCCAGAAACCACAGUCACAGUUGAAGAAACACCUGUUGAAGAAGCACCGGAGGAGGUUAGAGAAAUGCCCGAAGAGGUGCGUGUGGUUGAGACCAUCUCCGAAGACGGUAAACCAAAGAAGAAAAAGAUCCGUACACGAGUAAUCAAGAAGGUCAAGGGUGGUAAACAAGAAGUCACAAAGAUCGAAACCGUUGAAGAAGAUGACAAACAGCCAGAAACCACAGUCACAGUUGAAGAAACACCUGUUGAAGAAGCACCUGAAGAAGUUAGAGAAAUGCCGGAAGAGGUGCGUGUGGUUGAGACCAUCUCAGAAGACGGUAAACCAAAGAAGAGGAGGAUCCGUACACGAGUAAUCAAGAAGAUCAAGGGUGGUAAACAAGAAGUCACAAAGAUCGAAACCGUUGAAGAAGAUGACAAACAGCCAGAAACCACAGUCACAGUUGAAGAAACACCUGUUGAAGAAGCACCUGAGGAAGUUAGAGAAAUGCCCGAAGAGGUGCGUGUGGUAGAGACCAUCUCCGAAGACGGUAAACCAAAGAAGAAGAAGAUACGUACUCGUGUGAUUAAGAAGGUCAAGGGUGAUAAACAAGAAGUCACGAAGAUCGAAACCGUUGAGGAAGACGACAAACAACCAGAAACCACGGUCGCAGUUGAAGAAACUCCUGUUGAAGUAGUACCCGAGGAGGUUAGAGAAAUGCCCGAAGAGGUGCGCGUGGUUGAGACCAUCUCCGAAGACGGUAAACCAAAGAGGAAGAAGAUACGCACACGAGUAAUCAAGAAGGUCAAGGGUGCCAAACAAGAAGUCACUAAGAUCGAAACCGUUGAAGAAGAUGACAAACAGCCAGAAACCACAGUCACAGUUGAAGAAACUGCUGUUGAAGAAGCACCUGAAGAAGUUAGAGAAAUGCCCGAAGAGGUGCGUGUGGUUGAGACCAUCUCCGAAGACGGUAAACCAAAGAAGAAGAAGAUACGCACACGAGUAAUCAAGAAGGUCAAGGGUGGUAAACAAGAAGUCACUAAGAUCGAAACCGUUGAAGAAGAUGACAAACAGCCAGAAACCACAGUCACAGUUGAAGAAACUGCUGUUGAAGAAGCACCUGAAGAAGUUAGAGAAAUGCCCGAAGAGGUGCGUGUGGUUGAGACCAUCUCCGAAGACGGUAAACCAAAGAAGAAGAAGAUACGCACUCGUGUGAUUAAGAAGGUCAAGGGUGAUAAACAAGAAGUGACUAAGAUCGAAACCGUUGAGGAAGAUGAUAAGCAACCUGAAACCACAGUCACGAUUGAAGAGACUCCUGUUGAGGAAGCACCUGAAGAAGUUAGAGAAAUGCCCGAAGAGGUGCGUGUGGUUGAGACCAUCUCCGAAGACGGUAAACCAAAGAAGAAGAAGAUACGCACUCGUGUGAUUAAGAAGGUCAAGGGUGAUAAGCAAGAAGUGACUAAGAUCGAAACCGUUGAGGAAGAUGAUAAGCAACCUGAAACCACAGUCACGAUUGAAGAGACUCCUGUUGAGGAAGCACCCGAGGAAGUUAGAGAACUGCCCGAAGAGGUGCGUGUGGUUGAGACCAUCUCCGAAGACGGUAAACCAAAGAAGAAAAAGAUACGCACUCGUGUGAUUAAGAAGGUCAAGGGAGAUAUGCAAGAAGUCACUAAGAUCGAAACCGUUGAGGAAGAUGAUAAGCAACCUGAAACCACAGUCACGAUUGAAGAGACUCCUAUUGAGGAAGCACCCGAGGAAGUUAGAGAACUGCCCGAAGAGGUGCGUGUGGUUGAGACCAUCUCCGAAGACGGUAAACCAAAGAAGAAGAAGAUACGUACUCGUGUGAUUAAGAAGGUCAAGGGUGAUAAACAAGAAGUCACUAAGAUCGAAACCAUUGAGGAAGAUGAUAAGCAACCUGAAACCACAGUCACGAUUGAAGAGACUCCUGUUGAGGAAGCACCUGAAGAAGUUAGAGAAAUGCCCGAAGAGGUGCGUGUGGUUGAGACCAUCUCCGAAGACGGUAAACCAAAGAAGAAGAAGAUACGCACUCGUGUGAUUAAGAAGGUCAAGGGUGAUAAGCAAGAAGUGACUAAGAUCGAAACCGUUGAGGAAGAUGAUAAGCAACCUGAAACCACAGUCACGAUUGAAGAGACUCCUGUUGAGGAAGCACCUGAAGAAGUUAGAGAAAUGCCCGAAGAGGUGCGUGUGGUUGAGACCAUCUCCGAAGACGGUAAACCAAAGAAGAAAAAGAUACGCACUCGUGUGAUUAAGAAGGUCAAGGGUGAUAAGCAAGAAGUGACUAAGAUCGAAACCGUUGAGGAAGAUGAUAAGCAACCUGAAACCACAGUCACGAUUGAAGAGACUCCUAUUGAGGAAGCACCCGAGGAAGUUAGAGAACUGCCCGAAGAGGUGCGUGUGGUUGAGACCAUCUCUGAAGACGGUAAACCAAAGAAGAAAAAGAUACGCACUCGUGUGAUUAAGAAGGUCAAGGGUGAUAAGCAAGAAGUGACUAAGAUCGAAACCGUUGAGGAAGAUGAUAAGCAACCUGAAACCACAGUCACGAUUGAAGAGACUCCUGUUGAGGAAGCACCCGAGGAAGUUAGAGAAAUGCCCGAAGAGGUGCGUGUGGUUGAGACCAUCUCCGAAGACGGUAAACCAAAGAAGAAAAAGAUUCGCACUCGGGUUAUUAAGAAGGUCAAGGGUGAUAAACAAGAAGUCACGAAGAUCGAAACCGUUGAGGAAGAUGAUAAGCAACCUGAAACCACAGUCACGAUUGAAGAGACUCCUGUUGAGGAAGCACCCGAAGAAGUUAGAGAAAUGCCCGAAGAGGUGCGUGUGGUUGAGACCAUCUCCGAAGACGGUAAACCAAAGAAGAAAAAGAUUCGCACUCGGGUUAUUAAGAAGGUCAAGGGUGAUAAACAAGAAGUCACGAAGAUCGAAACCGUUGAGGAAGAUGAUAAGCAACCUGAAACCACCGUCACGAUUGAAGAGACUCCUAUUGAGGAAGCACCCGAGGAAGUUAGAGAAAUGCCCGAAGAGGUGCGUGUGGUUGAGACCAUCUCCGAAGACGGUAAACCGAAGAAGAAGAAGAUACGCACUCGUGUUAUUAAGAAGGUUAAGGGUGAUAAGCAAGAAGUGACUAAGAUCGAAACCGUUGAGGAAGAUGAUAAGCAACCUGAAACCACCGUCACGAUUGAAGAGACUCCUAUUGAGGAAGCACCCGAGGAAGUUAGAGAAAUGCCCGAAGAAGUGCGUGUGGUUGAGACCAUCUCCGAAGACGGUAAACCAAAGAAGAAGAAGAUUCGCACUCGGGUUAUUAAGAAGGUCAAGGGUGAUAAACAAGAAGUGACUAAGAUCGAAACCGUUGAGGAAGAUGAUAAGCAACCUGAAACCACAGUCACGAUUGAAGAGACUCCUGUUGAGGAAGCACCUGAAGAAGUUAGAGAAAUGCCCGAAGAGGUGCGUGUGGUUGAGACCAUCUCUGAAGACGGUAAACCAAAGAAGAAAAAGAUACGCACUCGUGUGAUUAAGAAGGUCAAGGGUGAUAAGCAAGAAGUGACUAAGAUCGAAACCGUUGAGGAAGAUGAUAAGCAACCUGAAACCACAGUCACGAUUGAAGAGACUCCUAUUGAGGAAGCACCCGAGGAAGUUAGAGAAAUGCCCGAAGAGGUGCGUGUGGUUGAGACCAUCUCCGAAGACGGUAAACCAAAGAAGAAGAAGAUUCGCACUCGGGUUAUUAAGAAGGUCAAGGGUGAUAAACAAGAAGUGACUAAGAUCGAAACCGUUGAGGAAGAUGAUAAGCAACCUAAAACCACCGUCACGAUUGAAGAGACUCCUAUUGAGGAAGCACCUGAAGAAGUUAGAGAAAUGCCCGAAGAGGUGCGUGUGGUUGAGACCAUCUCUGAAGACGGUAAACCAAAGAAGAAAAAGAUACGCACUCGUGUGAUUAAGAAGGUUAAGGGUGAUAAGCAAGAAGUGACUAAGAUCGAAACCGUUGAGGAAGAUGAUAAGCAACCUGAAACCACCGUCACGAUUGAAGAGACUCCUAUUGAGGAAGCACCCGAGGAAGUUAGAGAACUGCCCGAAGAGGUGCGUGUGGUUGAGACCAUCUCUGAAGACGGUAAACCAAAGAAGAAAAAGAUACGCACUCGUGUGAUUAAGAAGGUCAAGGGUGAUAAGCAAGAAGUGACUAAGAUCGAAACCGUUGAGGAAGAUGAUAAGCAACCUGAAACCACAGUCACGAUUGAAGAGACUCCUAUUGAGGAAGCACCCGAGGAAGUUAGAGAAAUGCCCGAAGAGGUGCGUGUGGUUGAGACCAUCUCCGAAGACGGUAAACCGAAGAAGAAGAAGAUACGCACUCGUGUUAUUAAGAAGGUUAAGGGUGAUAAGCAAGAAGUCACUAAGAUCGAAACUGUUGAAGAAGAUGAUAAGCAACCUGAAACCACCGUCACGAUUGAAGAGACUCCUAUUGAGGAAGCACCCGAGGAAGUUAGAGAAAUGCCCGAAGAAGUGCGUGUGGUUGAGACCAUCUCCGAAGAUGGUAAACCAAAGAAGAAGAAGAUACGCACUCGUGUGAUUAAGAAGGUCAAGGGUGAUAAGCAAGAAGUGACUAAGAUCGAAACCGUUGAGGAAGAUGAUAAGCAACCUGAAACCACAGUCACGAUUGAAGAGACUCCUAUUGAGGAAGCACCCGAGGAAGUUAGAGAAAUGCCCGAAGAGGUGCGUGUGGUUGAGACCAUCUCCGAAGACGGUAAACCGAAGAAGAAGAAGAUACGCACUCGUGUUAUUAAGAAGGUUAAGGGUGAUAAGCAAGAAGUCACUAAGAUCGAAACUGUUGAAGAAGAUGAAAAGCAGCCUAAAACCACUAUUAUUGUUGAAGAAACUCCAUUCGAGACCGUUGAAGAAAUGCCCGAAGAUGUGCGUGUGGUUGAGACCAUCUCCGAAGAUGGUAAACCAAAGAAGAAGAAGAUACGCACUCGUGUGAUUAAGAAGGUCAAGGGUGAUAAACAAGAAGUCACGAAGAUCGAAACCGUUGAGGAAGAUGAUAAGCAACCUGAAACCACCGUCACGAUUGAAGAGACUCCUGUUGAGGAAGCAGCUGAAGAAGUUAGAGAAAUGCCCGAAGAGGUGCGUGUGGUAGAGACCAUCUCCGAAGACGGUAAACCAAAGAAGAAGAAGAUCCGUACACGAGUAAUCAAGAAGGUCAAGGGUGGUAAACAAGAAGUCACAAAGAUUGAAACCGUUGAAGAAGAUGACAAACAACCAGAAACCACAGUCACAGUUGAAGAGACUCCUGUUGAGGAAACACCCGAGGAAGUUCGAGAAAUGCCCGAAGAGGUGCGUGUGGUUGAGACCAUCUCUGAAGACGGUAAACCGAAGAAGAAGAAGAUACGCACACGUGUUAUUAAAAAAGUCAAGGGUGAUAAAGAGGAAAUCACCAAGAUCGAAACCGUUGAAGAAGAGGAUAAACAACCGGAAACAACUGUCAGUAUUGAAGAAAAACCGUUUGUCGAAACAAUAUCACAAGCACGUUUAAAGAAAAGAAUUCGUGUGCAGAAACCCACCGACGAAGUAUCUAUCGUAGAGAUGCCAGAACAAAAAACGAUUGUCAUGUCAGAAAAGGAAGAUGGCACUCCGACAAAAAAAGUAAUUAAAACCAAAAUUAUUAAGAAAAUUGACGGACCAAAAAUGGAGAUUACAAAAGUUGAAACCAUAGAAGAAUUUGAAAAAAUGCCUGUAACUAAAGUGACUGUACAAGAAUACGAUGAGCCCUUCCCGGAGGAGCAGCCAACAAGUGAAACUGUUGCGCCGACACCAAUGCAAGAGUUGCCGGAGGAGAUUAUUGUCUCGGAGAUUAUAGAUAAAAAUAGAAAACCCAAACAAAAAGUAACCAAAACGAGAACAUUUAAGAAAGAAGUAUCGCCAGAACCUGAAUUUUAUCAAAUCCAAACAAUUGAGGAAGAAGGCAAAGAACCCUAUUCGCUUAUACGUGUCGUUAGUGAUGAUAGCAUUGCUGAUAUAAUCGAUAUUAGUCAAUUAGACGAUGAAAAGACACCAAAAGAAAAGACACCGAAACAAAAGAAAACCAAAACACUACACAAAACCAAGGAGGAAAAACCCACACCCGAACACUUAACAACGGAAAAACCAGUUUUCGUUACUACAUUCAAAUCGGUACAAAAUGAAGACGGCGAAACAGUUAUUGAAACAGAAAGUAAGAAAAUAACUGAGGAGGAAGGCAUCGUCAUCGAAGAAGUUCUUAGCGAUACCGAGCCAGUUAUAUAUGAUGAUCAGACUGCCUUAAAGAAUGUUGAAAUUGUAGAAGUCGACGGAUACACAGACCAAGAUAGCAAAGAGUACACAAUAACAGAACCAGAUGAUGUCCUUGAAGGCAUUACACAAACACCAGAUACAGAUAAGAAAACGAAACAUAAGAUUAAGAAACAACAGAAAACUACACAUAAACCAUUUGAAAAUAUCGACGAAGCACCCGAAGAAGUGAUUAUAGAGUAUAUGCCUGAAGAGGUCUACGAAGUGGAACGACCGGUUGAAGUGGUUGUGGUCGAAGACGAAGAAAAAGAAACGAUUGUGGUUGAACCCAAAAUAACAGUGGUUAAAAAGCGUAAGAUUAAAAAGAAGAUCGACGGUCGUGAACAGGUUAUUGAAGUGGUUACUAAACAAGAAGAAGGUAAGGAAGAAGAGAGUACAGUGGUUGUACAUUCGGAAGAUGAUGAGCAACCGGAAGAUAUACAACCGACAGUACAACAAGUUAAAAUCGUUGAAGAGUUGGUUGAUACACCGCAGGCAAAGGUUGAUGAAAAGCCGUCAAUGAGGAAGAAACGUAAGCCGAAAAAGGUGGUGAAAAAGGAUGAUCUGGAUGAAUAUAUACAAUUCCUAAUAGAACAAGAAAUACCCAAAACUGUGCUACAAGAAUAUAAGCGUACGGAAUUGGAGCAGCCACAGAAGGCGCGUAGCGAUACAACGCCUGCGCCGAAACCCAUAAAAUUGGUGCCAAUGAAAAUCGAAAGUGUUGAGGUCAAAAAAUCGGAGAGGCUUGAAAUUACAUCAGUAGCAGAAUUUCCGCAAAUGUUGAAAUUAAGGAAACCGAAACAGAAACCUAAAGAAGAGAAGCCAAAGAAAGAAACAGCAGCUUUUAAGAAUUUCAAAUUGAAAAGCUGGAUCAAUUUCAUACCAUUUGCACCGUAUUGCUUUAAGCCUACUAUAACCGAGUUGGAGCCGAUACGCGGCUGCGGUGAAUUAUCGCGAAAUAUGGAAGAAGCAAUGGGUGUUAUUAAAAAGCGACGCGUUAAAGUGAAACACAGCGAGAAACCUGAAAAGGAAUUGGAAACAUUGGAUCUCGAAACAUAUGAGGACACGAAAGUGGAAGAGGAAAAACAACCUGAAAAGGUGGAGAAAUAUAAACGACCAAAGAAGGUGACAAAGGAACAAACUGCUGACGAGCCGAAGAAGCUAAAAAUAGGCAAAGGAAAAGUGCCCGAGAGUGCGGAUGACAUUGAGCAGAUUACUUUGAAACCAAUAUCAAAGGAUGUAAUCGAAGAUAUUGAAGAAGAAAUACCCGAAAAGCCAACGGAAGAGAAACCAAAGCGGAAGAAGAGAGGUCGUAAGCCGGGUGUUGGUGAUACUUCCAUACAAUUCGAACCACAAGAUUUUGAUGAAGUGGAAUUUGGUGAAGAACAGGUUUCAGAGGGAACGGAUACAUCACAACCGGAAACUGAUCAAGCACAAGAUAAACCUAGAUACAAACGCAAGAAAAAGACAACGCCGCAACCAGAGACAAUAAAAUAUCCUAUCAAACCGCAACAACCAAAAGAAACGGAAGAUGCUCCACAACAGGAAUUGAAAUUGCGUAAAUCACAAGGUGAUAAACCUGAUGUUGAGGAAGAAGGUAUUAAGCUGAAGCCAUACCAUAAAAUUGAAAUACUCGAAUUCGCACCAGAGGACGUUGAACAGCCGGAGGCACCGGAAGCGCCGAUAGUGGUUAAGAAACGUACAAAGAAGAUACGUAAAAUUAAACAAGAAACUCCUGCUGAGGAAAAUAUAAUAGAAAUCAUUGAAAUACCAGCGGCGAAUGAAGAAGAUCAACCAACAUAUGAAGUUACGGUAACGACAACAUAUAUCAGUGAAUCCACUGAGAAGCGCGUAAAGCCUAAAACAUUGAAAAAGAAACGUGUCAAGCUAAUGAAGGAGGAUGAACUCGAUGACUUUAUCGCCGAUUUGACGGAAGCGCCAGAAGAUAAGCUUUAUGAUUUCAAUACGGUGGACUUUUACGAGAUUAAAAUACAAGAACUACAGCCAGAAUUCAUUGAGGAAACUAUUGUAAAGGAUGAUGGCAAAACUAAAACAGAAAUACGCAAAAAGCGUAAGCUACUACAUAAGAAGGGCGACGAGGAACAAGUGAUCGAAAUUGUCGAAACGACCGAAACAACGCCGGAUUCAAAGGAAACUGUUUACGAAGUGCUCGUUGUGGAUACCGAAGAAGCGCCGUCCUUUGAUUCAACAGCAGAAAAACCGAAAAAGAAAAAAUCGAAGAAGCUGAAAAAGGAUGAACUGGAUGAAUAUAUACAAAAGCUAAUAAACGCCGAAAUUACCAAAACUGAACUGGAAAGGUAUGAGAAAAUCGAUGUGGACGGCAAACCUAAAAAGCCAAAGAAAACAAAGAAGGUGCCACAAAAAGCGAUGCUUGAAAUACCGGACACUUUGGAAGUUGACGUUGUAGAGUCUGCACCAAAGGAAGCACCAAAGCAGAAAAAACCGAAAAAGAAAAUAGUGCCUUUGGAAGAACAGCCGACAGAAGAAACGCCAGAGAUGCCAGCGGCUGAAUUUUCAGUUGAGGUUAAAGACACUAUGCCCAGCAAAACAGAAAAAGAGGAUAUUGUGAGAGAAAUCAUAACGGCAGAAGAACUUCCAACAGUGCCAGAAAAGGCCACAGAUGAUGUGGUAAGCAUUGUAGAAAUCUCUGAAAAUGUUGAGGUCGUCACAAAAGAAGAACCAAGUGGUGAAAUUAAAGAAGAAACGGUCACAAAACGUAAAUUUAAGAAGAAGAAGGGUGGCAAGAUCUACACUGUAGAAGUUAUUGAAACUCAGGCCAAGGAUGAACCUGAAGCCGAAGUAACUGUAAUAACAACAGAAGAUGUGGAGAAAACAGCAACACCACAGCCAGAAACACCAAAACGUGUGCCUAAGAAAACGACUAAGAAAGUCAAAAAGGAAGAACUUAGGGAUUACGUCAUGAAGGUUGUAGAAGAAAUGCCAGAAGAAUUUGCAGUGCAGCCUAAAGAAUAUGAAGAAAUUCCGGAACAAGUUGAAAAACCGGUAGAUGAAGAUGUUUUCUUCAGAACUACUAUAGUAGAAGAAACAGGCGAUGAAACGGAAAAACCAAUAGCUGACGAUAUUUCUCCUAUUAAAGAAGGUGUCGAAGAGAAAAAGAAGAAACCGAAGAAGCCAAAACAAUACAAAAUUACGGAGACACAGCCAGUCACUCAAGAGGAAUUACCACAAAAGAUAGAAAUACAAUCUGAAGAGGAAAUCGACAUUAAGGAAGCUCCUAUCAUAGAUGACUAUGCCAUUGAUGUGCAAGAAAAGGAUGUAAGGAAGAUAAAGAAAGUGAAACGUGUCAAACCGAAAGAAGAGCAAAAGAUCGAAGAAUAUGUGGUAAGAAUUGAAGAAUCGCUGCCCGAAGUUACGACCACAGAAAUCGUUGACGAACAGGGAGAGAUUACGAAACAGACAACAACAAAACGCCGCCUCAAAAAGAAGGAAGGUCCCAAAGAGUAUGUCAUUGAAGUAGUGGAAACAUUUGAAGAAAAUAAGCCCGAGGAAGUUGAAAUUACCGUCUCAACAACAGAAGUUACACCAACUGAUUUAACGGAACCUGCAGUGGAACAAACUAAAGUUACUAAGAAGAUGAAAAAGAAGAAAUCGCCAAAAGACAAUUUCGACGAGUACUUGCAGCAGUUAAUAGAACAGGAAAUAACGAAAACGGAAUUGGAAGAAUUUACACCAAUCGAAUUUGGUAAAACACCAAAGAAACCUAAAAAGAAAACUAAACAUCACAAGAAAACAGUUGAAGUCGUGGAUGGAGCAGCUGUUACAAUACAUGAAUUCAACGUAGAAGAAAUACCCAGCGAAAAGGAGGAAGAAAUUGAAGAACCAAUCGCUGAGGUGGUGAUCGAAGAAGAGCAACCAGCACCGCAAGAUUAUCAAGAUUACAGAAUUGGUGUGACUGAUGAACAAGUCGAGCCAAUGAAAUUCGAUGACACAAUAACGGAAGAACGUCCCACUAAAGUUAAAAAACCAAAGAAACUCAAAACUACAGUAAUUGAAGAAGCUCCUGUUACUUUGGAAGAAAUUGAACAAACCGUUGCAACGGUCAAGGAGACCGAUGAAACUGGUGAAGUCAAAGAAAAAACAGUUACUAAACGUAAAGUCAAACGUAAACAAGGACCCAAAGAGUUUGUAUUCGAAAUAUCGGAAAUAAGUGAAGGAGCAGAUCAACCUAUAGCCGAAAUAACAAUUGUGCAAGUAGACGAGACUCCUGUAACUGUUGAUGAAGAAAAACCAGCUAAGCCAAUUAAAAGGAUAGUAAAGAAACCAAAACAUGUACCAAAGGAAGAUAUACAGAACUAUUUAGUGAAUGUCAUCGAUGAAUUCGUAGAACGUGAAAUAGUCGCCGAAAAUGAGGAAGAAAUUGUCGAAGCACCAACGGAUGACGUCAAGAAACGUAUUCCUAAACCCAAAAAGCAUAAAGUCAAAGUCACAGAAGAAGAUGUACAGCCAGUUGAGGAUGUACCUGAGGAUCAAGUUGCUUUGGUAGAGGAAAACACUGAAACAGUUGAUAAAACGACGGACGAAUACCAAAUUGGUGUUACCGAGUCGACAGUGUCUGAAAAGCCCACCAAAAAGACUACGAAGAAAAUUAAGAAACAGAAAUCAGAUAUACAAAAACCAGAUGAAGAAUCACCAGAUUUUAUGGUACGCGUCUCAUCGUUUGAAGAAGCCCCCGAAAAUAUUGUACGUGAGGGGCAAGUAACCGAAACUCAGCCAGAAGAAACACAACCUGUGGACGAUUAUAAUAUUGUUGUAGAAGAAAUUGAAACUACAGAAGAUGUACAGGAAAUUGUCGAUGAAGGUGGUGAAAAAGUAAAACAGACAACGAAGAAACGUAAGAUAAAGAAAACCGUUGGCCCGAAAGAAGAAAUCAUAGAAAUAAUUGAGACACAAUUAGACAACUCACCACUUUCUGAGGUUACCGUAAUAGUGCAAGAGGUAGAAACAGUACCCGAUUCCAAGGAGGAAGAUAAACCACAAGUUAAGAAGCCAAAGAAAACAAAGACGGUUAAAAAAGAUGAUCUUAUGGAGUAUAUCUAUAAACUAAUUGAAGAAGAUAUACCAAAAACUGAAUUGGAGAAAUAUGAGAGAGUCGACUUGGAGGAACCAAUAAAAUUGAAAAAGAAGAAGAAGCCCGAAAAGAAAGUCACUGUAAAAGAAGAAGAACCUAUAAAGGAGCAACCUGAAUCUUUUGAAAUCGACGUUACGGAUGUUGAAGAGGUGAAGGCGAAGAAACCAAGAAAGAAACCAUCCAAAGAUGUAGUAGUUAAGGAAGAGGAUGUAUCAUUACCGCAACCAGAUGAGGAAAUGUCUGUAACGCUGAUUGAAGAAGAUAUUCCUAAAAAACCAAAGAAGAGCAAGAAAUUACCUGUCUCUGUUACGGAAACUGCACCACAGGAAGAUAUUGAUGAAGAAUACAAAAUAGAAAUCAUCGAGGAGACUGUCGAAAAGGAAAAGACGAUCGACGAAAGUGGCGAGGUCAAAGAAAAAAUUGUUAAAAAGAAAAAAGUUAAGCAUACAAAAGGACCGGAAGAAGUGGUACUCGACAUUAUUGAAGUACAUGAUAAGAGUAAUGAUGAAGCUGAAAUCACGGUCAUAGCUACAACGCCCAGCAAGGAUAAAGACACACCACAAGAGGUAAAAGUUAAACAAAAGAAAACUAAGAAAUUAAAGACUAAAGAUGUGCCCGAGUAUAUUGCCAAAAUCGUCGAUGAAAUUCCAGCAGAAAUAUUCGAGGAAUACAAACACGAUGAAAUUGAAGAUACUCCAAGAAAACCAGAGAAAAAACCAAAGCAUAAGAUAAAACAAACUGAGGAUGAAGGUGUUAAAGAAGAGGAGAAUUUACAUGAAUUCACUACAAUGGUUGUAGAGGAAGAACCAGUUCAGCCUGAUGUAACUGAAUAUGAGAUCACAACAGUUGAAGAGGAGGCUAAACCAAAGAAAAAGAAACCCACUAAAACGAAAGUAAAAAUAACGGACGAAGGAAAACCUGAAGAGGAGAAACUGGCUGAAGUAACUGUUAAGGAAAGUGAAGUUGAAAAUAUCGAAACCGUACCGGAUUCAUCUGAUAAUAUAAAAAUUGUUGAAGCUGAUAAGACCUCUCCUGAGGAACAGGAAUAUACGGUAACAACUACAGAAGAAGAAUCUAAGCCUAAGAAGAAAAAGCCAACCAAACAAAAAGUUAAGGUAAUUGAGGAGGAUAAAAUUACAGACACACCUUCUGAUACAGUUACUGUGCUAGAGACGGUACCAAAGGAUACCAUUGAGGAAAUUACACAGGAAGAAGAAAUAAAGAUAACAGAAGAACAACCAGUACCUGAAACUAAAGACUUCUCAGUAACAGUGACGGAAGAACAAACACCAAUAAAGAAAAAGAAACCGUCUAAACAGAAAAUUAAAGUUGUUGAGGAGGACAAGCCCGACGAAGUGCCGUCUGAAUCAAUUGCAGUUCAAGAAACGUUACCAAAAGACGUCAGUGAGGAAGCUCCAUCAGAAGAGAUAAAAAUUACGGAAGAACAACCUGCAUCCGAAACUGAAGACUUUGAAGUAACAGCCACAGAAGAGCAUAAGAAACCAAAGAAAAAGAAACCAACGAAAGAAAAGGUUAAAUAUGUUGAAGAGGAUAAGAUUGAGGAUGUACCAUCUGAGGUCAUAACUAUUGUUGAGGAUCAACCUGCUUCUGAUAGUGAAGAGUUCGAAAUAAAACCAACUGAAAAACCAACAAAAUCUAAGAAAAAGAAGCCGACUAAAGAAAAGGUUAAAGUUGUUGAGGAAGAUAAGCCCGAGGACGUACCUUCUGAAAAACUUUCUGUUCAAGAUACACUGCCUGAGGAUGUGAAUGAAGAAACUACCGUUGAAGAAAUAACAAUUAGCGAAGAACAACCUGAGGAUGAAACCAAAGACUUCGAAAUAACUGUAAAGGAAGAACAAAUAAAAUCAAAGAAAAAGAAACCAGCUAAACAAAAAGUUAAAGUGGUCGAAGAGGAGAAACCUGAGGAUAAACCUUCGGAUAUAGUUACAGUUCAUGAAGAAGUACCUAAACCAGUUGAGGAAAUACCAUCAGAAGAAGUAAACAUUGUGGAAGAACAACCAACGUCCGAAGUUGAAGACUUUGAAAUAUCACCAACUGAAAAACAAGAAAAACCGAAGAAAAAGAAACCAACUAAACAGAAAGUUAAAGUGGUUGAAGAGGAGAAACCUGAGGAUAAACCUUCGGAUAUAGUUACAGUUGAUGAAGAAGUACCUAAACCAGUUGAGGAAAUACCAGCGGAGGAAGUAAACAUUGUGGAAGAACAACCAACGUCUGAAGUUGAAGACUUCGAAGUAUCAUCAACUGAAAAACAAGAAAAACCGAAGAAAAAGAAACCAACUAAACAGAAAGUUAAAAGGGUUGAGGAGGAGAAACCUGAGGAUAAACCUUCGGAUAUAGUUACAGUUGAUGAAGAAGUACCUAAACCAGUUGAGGAAAUACCAUCGGAAGAAGUAAACAUUGUGGAAGAACAACCAACGUCCGAAACUGAAGACUUCGAAGUAUCAUCAACUGAAAAACAAGAAAAACCAAAGAAAAAGAAAACUGUCAAACAUAAGGUUAAAGUCAUUGAAGAGGAGAAACCUGAAGAAACACCUGCAGAUAGUGUUGAUGUUGCAGACACUGUGGAAGAAGUUAAGGAUCUACCAAUUACAGAGGUAGAAGAUUUCGAAGUGACAGUAACAGAAGAACAAACAAAAUCAAAAAAAAAGAAGCCCACUAAGCAGAAGGUACAAGUUGAAGAAGAGGUUAAGCCUGAAGAUAUUUCUGAAGAACCAGUACAUGUAGAAGAAAUCGAAACAAAAACUGAAGUUAAAGAAAUUGUCGAUGACAAAGGUGACGUGCAAAAACAAGUAGUAACCAAACGAAAAUUAAAGCGUCAACAGGGACCCAGAGAAGAUGUAAUUGAAAUAAUAGAAGUACAAACCGCUGACCAACCGGAGGCAGAGGUAACCAUCAUUGAAACACAACCAGUCAAGGAAGAAGAAACCACUAAACCUAAAGCACAGAAAAAGAAAGUGAAGAAGGUCAAAAAGGAUGAUUUGCAUGAUUACAUCCAAAAAUUGAUCGAGGAAGAAAUACCCAAAACAGAAUUGGAAAAGUAUGAAAAAAUCGAAUUUGAAACUACACCAAAGAUUAAAAAGGAAAGCGAAGAAAUCGCCGAUGUCACUGUGGAGGAAGAAACACCACAACCAACUACGAAACCAGAGGCGAAGAAAAAACCUAAACCUAAGAAACCACAACAAAGCGUUGAAGAACAACCACUAGCCGAAGUACGUAUUGUAGAACAGCCAACGGACGAUAUCGACGAACCAACAGCACAAAUUAAGGUUAUAGAAACAGAAGAACCAAUUGUUGUUACAGAGGAAACACCAGCUGAAAUUAAAGUCGAAGAGAUAACAGAUCAGAAAGGAGAACCAAUUCAACAAGUCACCACCAAACGUGUACUCAAAAAGAAAGAAAAAGGCAAAAAAGAUGCCACAAUAAACAUAAUAACUGUACAAGAUGAUAGUAGUCCCGAAGCUAUUGUCAUUAUAAGUGAAGAGCCAGAAAUAGCGCCCACAAUCCUCGAAGAAGAACAACCAGAAAAAACUGUACAAACCACAGAACAAAAACCAAAGAAACCUAAAAAGACAAUCAAGAAAAUUAAAAAGGAUGAACUAGAUGAAUAUGUGCAGAAAUUGAUUGAAGAAGAAAUACCGAAAGUAGAACUUGAGCAAUACGAAAAACCAGAUUUGCCAAUUGUAAAGAAACCAAAAGAAAAGAAAGAAACCACUAAACCACAAGACACUGAAGUAGUAGAAAAACCAAAAACACUCGAAGACAUUGAAAAACCAGAAAAACCUAAAAAAUCAAGGAAACCAAUUGAGAAACCCACAAUCACUGAGACCACACAAGUCGAAGAAACACCACUUACAGACACAACAGACGAGGUAGUUACCGUAGUCGAAGAAAUCACUAAACCCAAAACACGUAAACCGCCCAAACAACAACAACAACAACAAGAACAGCCACAAGAAACACAGUUAGAGGACACAGAACCAACAACCACAACAUCGGAAACCACUGAUACAAAACCAAAAACAAUAAAACAUAAGCCAAAAGAACAAAAAAUCACUGAAGAUACAAGAGAAGAAACGGUGGUGCAUAAGGAUUACGAAUUCAGCAUUGUGGAGCAGGAACCAACGAUAAUCGAAGAAGAAGAAGAAGAAGAGGAACGUCCAUUACAGGUGAGGAUCAUCGAAGAAGUGCCCGAGGUAUCGGAUUCCCAUCCGAUUGAAGUGAUAGAAGAGGAGCAGCCAGAGGAGGAGGAAGUAGAAGUGCCCACUGUGGGUGAGCCGGAGAAACCUAAAAAGAAGAAGAAGACUGUAAAGAAGAAAAUCGACGAGCAUGAUCUCAUCAUACAAAAACUAUUGGAACAGGAGAUUGAAAAAACCGAACUUGAGAAAUAUGAGAAAUUCGAGUUUGAGAGGCCAGAAAAGGUUAAGGCCGAAUUUGCCAAUAUUGAGCCACAGAAAAUCAUACGUAAAGAGCAGAAACCAACGAAAUUGGUUAUUGUGGAGGCAGCAGAGGUGCCACAAUCUAUUAAGUUGAAGCCAACUAAACGCAAGCCAAAGGUAGCCGAAGAACAGACCGUGCAAUUGCCUAAAUUUAAGCUGAAGAGUCGUAUGGAGGUAGUUACAUAUCCGCCAGAAUUAUUGAUACCGAAAAUAACGGAAAUCGGUGCGACACGGGAAAGCGGUGAGCUUACGCGAAAUAUUGAGGAAGCUGAAGAGGUUUUGAAGUUCAAGCCACGUAAGGUAAAGAAAUUGAAGCCAAUUAAAGAUGAUUUGGAAAGACCACAGUUGGAGACAUAUGAGAAAUAUGUGAGCAGUGAGGAGGAAGCAGAAGAACCGACACCUUAUCAGAAACCUGAAAAGGCACCAAAACCAGAAGAAAAGCCACAAGAAGUUAAACUAAAGAUAGGUAAAGGUAAGAAGAAGCCAAUUGUUGAGAAACAGCCUGAAAGUGUAACAUUGAAAAAGACACCUGAGAAACCCAAAGAGGCUGAAGUUGUCGAAGAAGAUGUUACCAAAAAGAAGGAAGUGGCAACAGUUACAGUGGUUGAAGAAACUGCAGAACAGCCCACUUAUGAAUUGCAACCAUUUGAGCCAACCGACUUUGAACAUCCAGAAUACGAAAAGGAGGAAAUAGAACCCAUCGAAUUUCCAGAAGAACCGAAACCAAGCAAGAAGGAACCCAAACAAAAGCAUAAGCCUAAACCCAAACCAAAACCUGAGCCUGAAGUAAAUAUAACUCAAAUCGUGCCCGGUGUGCCUAAAGAACAAGAAGAGGCACCUGAAGAGGAGGUUAAAUUCCGCAUUCCAGAGAGCAAAGCACCUGAAGAAACAAAGGAAGAAGUCAAACUAAAACCAGUUAAAAAGGAAAAGGUAGUACCAGCAACCGAAGAGGAGGCUAAGGUAGUUCCUACCGAAGAGGAAGUUGAAAAAGUGCCUACAAUCGAAGCUGAGGAAAAAAUUGAGAAGAAAAAGAAGCCGAAAGCAAAGAAACCACAGCAAAAGGAGGAAGAAACUGUUGAGGAGAAACCGGAGGAACAAUUUGAAAUCUCAGUUACCGAGGAACAAGUAAUUGUACCAGAGCAACCAGCUGAAGAGAAACCUGCUGAAAUCAAGAUUAAAAAGAAGAAACCUAAAGAGGUACCAGUGGCUGAAGUACAAGUAGUUGAAGAAGUUCCAGCAGAAGAAACCAUAGAAGAAACACCGGUUGAGUAUAAAAUUACAACCACUGUCAUUGAGCCCGAGGAAGCGCCAGAAGAGCAUAAAGUACGUGUUAUUGAUUACGAUCAAAAGGAGGUUACUGUAGAAGAAGUGGUUGAAGAAAGGGUGGUUACACGCAAGAAGAAGCCAAAACCACAAAAGCCGGAAGAAUAUGAGCACACGGUUACGGAACCCAAAGUAGAGGAAGUUCCAGCAGUGGAGGAAGUAAUUGCAACUCAGCCUGAGCAGCCAGAAGAAGAAAUUAUUGAAGAAGCGGUGGUGGAAGUUAAGGUAGUAGUUGACAUACCUGAAGAACCAGUUGCGAAGGUCACUGUGAAAAAGAAGAAACCAGCUAAGAAACCUGAGGAAGUAACUGAAGUUGAAGAGGUACCUCAAAUCGAGGAAGUUAAGGAGGAAAUAACAGAAAUAGAAAAGGUUGAAGAUGUUGUCGUUGAAGAAGUCAUCAAGAAGAAGAAACCAAAGAGCUACAAAUUUAAAAUAACUGAAACGGAGGCUGAAGAAGUGCCUGAGCAACCGGUUGAAGAAAUACAAGAAGAAAUUGAAAUACCUAAACCAGUAGAGGAGGAAGUUGUAGAAGAUUUCCCAACAUACGAAAUUACUACAACAGAUAUAGAAGCUCAGAUUCCACAGCCUAUAGAAGAAGUUAAAGAAGUCGAAGUUAAAGAGAAAAAGCCUAAAAAGGUGAAGGUAGCAGAGACGCCCAAGGAAUAUGAAGUUGGAAUAGUGGAAGAAGUAGCUGCACCAGUUGUUGAAGAGGAUGACCAACCAGAUGGCGCAAUCUUCUCAAUCAAGAAGAAACCAAAGAAACAGGCGCCUGAAGAAUUUGAAGCUUCCGUAAUUUUAACCGAACCAAAACCUGUGGAAGAAGUAGAAACACAAGUGGAAAUAAAGAAGAAGCCAAAGAAACCUAAGACUAAAGAAGAAGCAUCUGCCGUUCAUGAAAUUAAGAUUAUUGAAACGGAAAUUCCAAAGGAAGAAAUUUUGGAACAAGCUAUAGAAGAGGUAACAGUUAUCACAGAAGUGCCUGCUGAGGAGGAAGCGCCUAAAGAAUACCAAUUUGGCAUUGUCGAAUCUCAAGUUGAAGAAGAAAUUUCGCAGCCUGAAUUCACAGUUAAGGAAGAAGAAAUCGUUGAGAAGCCAAGAGAAGAACCUGAAGCUGAGUUUGUUGUCAAAGAAAGUAAACCAGUGGAAGAAGUCGUGGAGGAAGCUAAGAUAAAGACCAAAAAGUCCAAAAAGAAGCCAGCAGAGACACAAGAAGUUGAAUUAAAAGUAAAAGUCACAGAAGAAACUCCAGAAGAACCCACGCCAGUUGUGGAGGAAGUAAAAGAGAUAGUUACCGUUCCUGAAAAAAUUGUGACCGAAGAAAAGCCCAAAGAAUAUGUUAUUGGUGUUAAGGAGUCUAUGCCAGAAAAACCUGAACCGGUACCUGUUGAAGAAACCGAAAUCCCACAACAACAAGAGGAAACAGUCGAAGAAGCGCCAUUACAAGAGGUAAAAGUUAUUACAACUACUCCGAAAGAGGAAAUAACUGAAGAGGUAUCUGUGGUUAAGAAAAAGGUUAAAAAACCUAAGGAAACUAAAGAAGAGCUCAAGGUCGAUGUAGUUGAAGAAGUACCAAAACCUGUUGAAGAAGAGCAGCCAGAAAUAAGCGCUCCAGUCCAAAUUGACGAGCAAGUAGAAGAACAACCGAAGGCAUUUGAGAUUCAAGUUACAGAAACAGAAGCUAAAGAAGAAACCAUUGAGGAACAAAUUACCAUACCAAAGAAGAAAAAACUAACGCCUAAAGUUACAGAAGAGCCAGAAGCAGAGGUUACAUUGACAACAACGAAACCGGUGGAAGAAGUGCAAGAAGAGGUUAAGAUCAAAAAGAAACCUAAGAAGAAGCCAGCCGAAGAAGAAGUUGCAGCUGAACUUAAGGUAACGGUGGUAGAAGAAACACCUGUUGUUCCGGAAAUCGAAGAAGUUGUGGAUGUAGUGGAAGAAGUACAACCUGUAACUGAAAUUGUUGAAGAAGAAAAGCCAAAGGAAUAUGAGUUUAAGGUAACAGAAAGUGAGGCUGAAAAACCAAAGGAAGAAGUUACUGCAGAAGAGGUUACUCUUCCACAGAAGAAGAAGAAGCCCGUUCCACAAGUUCAAGAAGAGCCUGAAGUUGAAGUUAAGCUGACUACAGUAGAACCUGUUAAAGAAGUUCAAGAAGAAAUUAAAAUCAAAAAGAAACCAAAGAAGAAGCCAGCAGAAGAAGUGGCAGAAGUUGAACUUAAGGUCAGUGUUAUUGAAGAGGUGCCAGCUGCUCCUACUGUAGAAGAGCAAAUUGUGGAGGAAGAAGAAGUUAAACCCACACCUCAAGUAAUUGAAGAAGAAUUAGUAAAGGAAUAUGAAAUUCAGAUUAAGGAAAGUAAAGUUGAAAAACCAAAGGAAGAAGUUUCUGAAGAACAAAUAACACUUCCGAAGAAAAAGAAACCGACACCUCAGGUAACUGAAGAACCAGAGGCAGAGGUUACAUUGACAACAACAAAACCAACAGAGGAAGUACAGGAAGAAAUCAAAAUUAAGAAGAAACCUAAAAAGGAACCUAAAGUUGAAGAAGCUCAGGCCGAGCUCAAGGUGACCGUUGUGGAAGAGGUACCUGCUGCACCUGAAGUGGUUGAGGAAAUUGAGGAAGUGGAAGAAAUUCAACAAAAACCGGAGGAAGAGAAACCAAAGGAAUAUGAAUUUAAGGUUACAGAAACUGAAAAACCAAAGGAAGAAGUUUCUGAAGAACAAGUAACACUUCCGAAGAAAAAGAAACCCACACCUCAAGUAACUGAAGAACCAGAGGCAGAGGUUACAUUGACAACAACGAAACCAACAGAGGAAGUGCAGGAAGAAAUCAAAAUUAAGAAGAAGCCCAAAAAGGAACCUAAAGUUGAAGAAGCUCAGGCCGAGCUCAAGGUGACCGUUGUGGAAGAGAUACCUGCUGCUCCUGAAGUGGUUGAAGAAAUUGAGGAAGUGGAAGAAAUUCAACAAAAACCGGAGGAAGAGAAACCAAAGGAAUAUGAAUUUAAGGUUACAGAAACUGAAAAACCAAAGGAAGAAGUUUCUGAAGAACAAGUAACACUUCCCAAGAAAAAGAAACCCACACCUCAAGUAACUGAAGAACCAGAGGCAGAGGUUACAUUGACAACAACGAAACCAACAGAGGAAGUGCAGGAAGAAAUCAAAAUUAAGAAGAAACCCAAAAAGGAACCUAAAGUUGAAGAAGCUCAAGCCGAGCUCAAGGUGACUGUUGUGGAAGAGGUACCUGCCGCUCCUGAAGUGGUUGAAGAAAUUGAAGAGGUGGAAGAAAUCCAAACGAAACCUGAAGAACCGAAGCCAGAAGAACCGAAACCAAAGGAAUAUGAGUUCAAGGUUACUGAAUCUGAAAAACCAAAAGAAGAAGUUUCUGAGGAGCAAAUAACACUUCCGAAGAAAAAGAAACCAACUCCUCAAGUCACAGAAGAACCGGAAACCGAGGUUAAAUUGACAACAAAGAAACCAAUUGAGGAGGUUCAGGAGGAAAUUAAAAUUAAAAAGAAACCGAAAAAGGAACCAAAACCAGAAGAGGCUGCGGCUGAACUGAAGGUUACAAUUGAAGAGGAGGUACCACAAGAACUAGUACAAGUGGAAGAGGUGGAAGAAAUAGAAGAAGUGAUAGUGCCUAAGGAAGAAAAACCUGAAGAGAAGCCAAAAGAAUAUGAGUUCAAAAUUAAAGAAACUGAACCACAACCCGAACAAAUUGCCGAAGAGGAAGUUGCAUUGCCAAAGAAGAAACCAAUUAAACCGGAAGUAGUUGAAGAGCCUGAAGCGGAAGUAACAUUGAAACCUAAAAAGAAGGUCGAAGAAGUGGAGGAAGAACUGAAGAUUGUAAAGAAGAAGCAAAAGAAACCUAAGGAAGAAGCGGCAACCGAGUUUACAGUACAAGUUGAGGAAGAAGUUGUACCCGAACCUGUUGUUGAAGAAAUAGAAGAAAUCGAAGAGGUAUUUGUGCCUAAAAAACCUAAAGAUGCAGAAGAAACUGAAGAGGUUGAAGUGAAAUUGAAGAAACCUGUGCCAGAAGAAAUUCCAGAUGAUGUGCAAGUUGACGUUGUGCUCAAGCCGAAGAAACCUAAACAAGUUGAAACUGAGGAGUUCGCAGUCGACGUCCAAUUGCCUAAACAAAAGAAGACGACAGAAGAAACAACGGACGAAACAGUUGCACUGAAAAAGAAGAAGAAGCCCAAGCCAGUUGUCGAAGAGGCGGCUGAUGAGCUGAAAAUAACUAAAGAAGUCAUCGAAGAACGUCCAGUUGAAAUUGAGGAAGAAGAAAUUGUCGAAGAGGCGGUCGUUAUGCGCAGAAAACCAAAGAAACCAUUCGAACCAACAGUUGAAGAACAUGAUGAACAAGAAUUUAGUUUGUCUUUGAAGAAACCUAGGCGCAUAAACGAAGGUGUGACAGAAGAAGCAACAGUUUUGAAGAAACGUCCUUCACGACCAAUGGUAUUCGACGAAGCUGGUGCAGAACUCUCCAUCAAACGGGAAGAGGAAUACGAAGAAGGUGAAGAUAUCGAAGAAUUUAUUGUCGAAAGAGGUCCUAAACCAAAACCAUUGGAAAUAACCGAAGAAAACGAACAAGAAUAUACGGUUAAGAAAUUGAAACAUCGCAAGAAGGGUGUGGAAAUACCCGAGUUUACCGAUGUCGAAAAUGUUACAUUCCGUGCUAAAACUACAAAAACUAAAGAAGAUGUCGAUCAAGAAUUCAAUAUUGCAUUAGACCAAUAUGCUGAGGAAGAGAUCUCAAUGUCCGGCAAAGUAAAGUUGAAGAAACCUAUAACUAAGACAUACUCUGAAGCGGCUGAUGAGGUUAAAGUCAAGGUCUUUGAAGAUUAUGAUGAUGAUGAAGGCCCAAUUAUUGAAGAGAUACGCGAUGAUAGUAGUAUUGAAGAUACCAUGUACGAUGUGGAAGAACCCGAAGAAUAUCAAGUGGAAGAAUUGCCACCUGACGAUUUCGAUUUCACGAUUAAACCAAAAUCAGCUAAACCCAGAUAUUCGAUACAAGAUGAGGAAGAGGAGCAGUUCUUGAUUGGAAUUCGUCGUCCGAAGAGCGAUUCGGUAACGUACGAUGAGGACUCGUUCACAUUCAAAAAGAAACGAAAGGUUGUGCAACAGAUUUUCAACGAAGAGGGCGCUUCAUUAAAUAUCACACGCGAAAUGAAUAUUGAAGAAACCGAUGACGAAAAUGCCAUGUAUUCCAUUUGUAAUUAUGUCGCCGACAACGACGAGGCAAUCAAUUUGGUCGAGGGUGAGAAGGUUUAUGUGAUCGGACGGCACAGCUCAGAAUGGUGGUAUGUGAAGAAGAACAUAACCGAGGAGGAGGGCUGGGUACCGGCGCAAUAUCUGAUGGAACCAGUCGAAUAUCAACAUUAUGUCCAGAAGAAACUACACGAGAAAAUCGACAAAUUGCCAGUGUUUGAACGUCCCGGACCUGAAGAGAAACCUUUGGCGCCACGUUUCAUUGAAAAAUUACAACCCAUUCAAACGCCUGAUGGUUAUACCGUACAAUUUGAAUGCAAAGUUGAGGGUAUACCGCGUCCACAAAUCGCUUGGUUCCGUGAGACUGCCAUAAUAAAGCCUUCCCAAGACUUCCAAAUGUACUAUGAUGAUGAUAAUGUGGCUACAUUGAUAAUACGCGAAGUAUUCCCAGAGGAUGCUGGUAAAUUUACUUGUGUGGCUAAAAAUGCUGCCGGUUUCACUUCAUCCACAACGGAACUGAUUGUUGAAACACCGCUGUCUGAUCAUGGUUCCGAUGCUACGGGCUUAUCGCGUAAGAGUCUGUCACGUGAGUCAUCACUAGCCGAUAUACUCGAAGGCAUACCACCGACCUUCUCGCGCAAACCGAAAGCACAAUAUGUUGAUGAAGAUACGAAUGUUAUAUUGGAAUGCCGUUUGGUGGCUGUACCCGAGCCCGAUAUUGUUUGGACCUUCAAUGGCGAGGAAAUCGAUGUUGAGGAAUCCAAAAAUAUACGCGUUGUUACCGAAUCUGAUAUGCAUAUGUAUUGUAGUGUUGUACACAUUAAGAAAGUAAAGAAAUAUCAAGAAGGUACCUAUGAGGUAAUUGCCACCAAUCGGGAAGGCGAAUCACGACUGCCAAUUGUUUUGAAAGUACGCACCGGUGACAAAGAACCACCACAAGUCUUGGAACCACUACGUAACACUGUUGUGCGUGAGGGUGAAAGCGUCGUUUUGACCACACAAAUUGUGGGUAAUCCACGUCCUAAGGUGACCUGGUACAAAGAUGGCAAACCCAUCACGAAGAAUACUAAAUCCGACAAAGAUACACAUACUUUGACAUUGAUCUCACCGAAGGCGCCUGAAAGUGGUGAAUAUACUGUGAAGGCAGAGAAUCCAUUGGGCAGCGUAGAAACAACGGCUAACCUAACUAUUGAAGAACCUUCCUCCGGCAAUGCAGAACCGCCGUUGUUCGUCGAACGUUUCGAGGAACAAUCUGUGCCGCAAAAGGGCAUAAUCCGUUUGCCAGCUAAGGUGACCGGUAAUCCAGUGCCUGAGGUGCAAUGGCUUUUCAAUAACAAUCCACUUUAUCCCUCACAACGUAUACAACAAAUGUAUGAUGGUGAGAAUAUUGAGCUCAUUAUCAAGGACGCCAACCCCGACACAGAUUCCGGUGAUUACAAGUGUAUCGCCAGCAAUCCGAUUGGUAAAACAUCACAUGGAGCGCGUGUUAUAGUCGAAGUUGAUGAGGUCACGUUCACCAAGAAACUUAAGAAAACCAUAACCAUCGAAGAAAUACAAUCACUCACGUUGGAGUGUGAAACCUCACAUGUGGUCACAACAAAAUGGUUCUUCAAUGGCAAAGAACUCAGCGGUAUGGAUCAUCGUGUAGUCGUCGAAGAUGGCAAAAUACAUAAACUAGUUAUACGUAAUACCAAUUUGCGUGAUAGCGGUACUUAUGUUUGUAAAGUUAAGAAUAAGGAGACCGAGUCGACAGUUGAAGUUUUGCCACGUAAACCUGAAUUCAUUAAAAUACUCGAAGACUACGAAGUAACCGAAAAGGAGACUGCAAUUUUGGAUGUCGAAGUAUCCACAGAUAAUGCUGAAGUCGUAUGGUUUAAGGACGGUGAAAAGAUAACACCAGAAAAGAAGAAUGUAGAAUUCAUCAGCGUGGGUAAGGUGCGUAAACUCAUAAUACGUGAAAUCACCAUACACGAUGAGGGCGAAUAUACCUGUAAGUUAGACGAACAGGAAUGCAGCGCUGAACUCACAGUCAUUGAAUUGCCGCCCGAAAUUGUGAAACCAUUGAAGGAUGUUACCGUAACACAAGGCGAGAACACCGGUUUCGAAAUUGAAUUGAGCAAGGGUGAUGCUUUAGUUAAAUGGUUCAAGGAUGGCAAAGAGCUGCCACUCAACGGACACAUGCAACUAACGAUCGAUGGUAAGAAACAAACGCUAAAAAUCGUUGAGGCCAAACCAUCGGAUGCCGGAGAGUAUACCAUACAAGUGGGUCCACAAACUUCAAAGGCACAACUAAUCGUCGAGGAACCGUUGGUGAACUUCGUAUUGCCAUUGCCUGAUGUGACUAUCGCCACGAAGGGUACAGAUGCCGAAUUCACUGUUGAAUUGUCGCAACCUGAUGUCGAAGUCACUUGGUAUAAGAAGGCGAAACCAAUUAAACCUAACAAGAAGCAUGAAGUAUUUGUUGAGGGUACCGUUAGACGUUUGGUUAUACACGAUGCUGAUGAUGAUGAUAGCGGUGAGAUUAGUUGUACCGCUGCUAACGCAACAACAGCAAGUAAAUUGUGUGUUGAGGAAAUUCAAACGUUACCCAUCAUCACCACUGACAAGGACCAAACGAUUAAGGUUAAGGAAAAUGAUGAUGUUACGAUGACAGUCAAAUUUACUGGCACACCGAAACCAGAUGCCGAAUGGAGUACAACAAAGAAUGUUGUUGUCAAGAAUAAGCAUUUAAUACCCACAUUAGAUGAACAAUCGGCAUCGCUUACCAUCAAGAAGGUGGUGGACGAUGACGAAGGUAUAUACACCGUAAGACUGAAGAAUCCAGUUGGCGAAGUGGAGGCCACUCUUAACUUGAUCAUAAUGAGAAAACCAACGGCACCUGGUGCACCGGAGCCAUUAGAGGUCACACACGAUUCUAUUACACUCUUCUGGAAGGCGCCUGAAGAUGAUGGCAAAUGUGAAAUCACAGAAUACAUUUUGGAAUAUCAAGACGUGAAAGAGGAGAGAUGGAUUGAAAUACGCAAAAUCAAAGACACCACAUACACUAUAAGCAAACUGAAAAUCGAUACGGAGUAUGUAUUCCGUGCGAUCGCUGUAAAUGAGGUUGGACCAUCACCGCCAUCACCACUCUCACCACCCAUACGCCUUGUGGCUGAGGUGAAGAAGGAAAAACCCACAGUACAAGAACCACUACAAGACAUCGUAACCGAGCUGAACAAGGAGAUUACAUUGUCUUGCGUAUUCGGUGGCAUUCCAGAGCCUAAGGUGACGUGGAAAAAGAAUGGUAAGAUUAUCACCACAAAGAGCAUACGCUAUGAGAAUCGUGUAUCGAAGUACACAAUCGAGAAGACAACAAUUGAGACUGAAGCGACGUACACAUGCGUAGCUGAAAAUGAAAUGGGCAGCGUGGAGACCUCAUGUAGAGUUAUACUGCAGGAGAAACCGACCAUCGAUAUCGAUGAGAAGUAUCUUGCACAGAAAAUACGUGCUGGCACCACUUUGAACAUUCCGGCCACGGUACGUGGUUAUCCACAACCGAAAACCACUUGGUAUAGAGAAACCAUCGAACAAACAACCACAACGGAACGUGUACAAAUCGAAACCACAGAAACCACCUCAACAUAUACACUCGAGAAGGUGACACGUGAAGAUUCCGGCCGUUAUAAGAUCACAGCGACAAACACUUCGGGUACGGCGACAACGGAAUGUACAAUACAAGUUAUUGAUAAGCCAAGUCGACCACAAUCGCUGGAAAUUAAGGAAAUGAAGAAGGACGCAAUCACACUAGCAUGGACGCCACCAAUCGAUGAUGGUGGUCUGGAGUUGAACAAAUAUGUGUUGGAGAAAUGUGAUUUGCAAAAUAAUCUCUGGAUGAAGGUGGCCGAUUUGGAAAAAGACAUACACUCCUAUGCUGUACAAAAACUUUCCAUGAACUCUCAGUAUAUGUUCAGAGUCGUAGCAGCGAACCCGGUUGGUGAAUCUGAACCAGUUGAGAGUGACCCGGUGACAAUUACCAAGAAAUUCGAAAAACCAUCAGCGCCACGUGGUCCUACAGACGUCUUCGGCAUGACGGAUACAGCAUUUACGCUCUCAUGGGAACCAUCGGAAAGCGAUGGCGGCUCAAGGAUUAUCGAAUAUAUUGUCGAAAUCAAAGAAUUCCAUGAAACCGAAUAUCGUCUGCUUGGCAGCACGAUCGGCAACGUUACAAAUAUACUCGUAAGCGAAGUGAUAAAGGAUCGUGCAUAUCAAUUCAAAAUCUAUGCAAAGAAUGAAGUUGGCAUUAGUGAAGCUCUAGAGACUGAAGACAAAAUAGUUGUAGGCCGCAGAAUAAUACGUGCUUGGGAGAAUAUAGCUCCUCCAUCGCCUCCGCAAAAUUUGCGCAUUCCGGAUGUAACAAAUCGCAGCGUAACCCUCGACUGGGAAGUUCCAGCGAACAACGGAGGCUCAGAAAUAACUGGCUACUGUAUUGAGAAACGUUCGGCAACAUCAACCAAAUGGACAAAGGUAAUCACGUUAGACGCACACUGCCGCCAAUACACAGUGGAUAACUUGAAGGAAAAAUGCGAAUACUGGUUUAGAGUGUCGGCGGAAAAUGCGGUUGGAUUAGGUGCACCAGCCGUAACCGAGAGCGUCGCACUCAAAACACAUGCAACUGUUCCCUCACCGCCCACUGCGCCAUUGGAGGCGCGUGUAUUGGCUGCCAAUGCUCAUGUAUUUGAAUGGGGUAUACCCGAGUCAGAUGGUGGUGCGCCACUGCUCGGCUAUCACAUUGCCAUACGUGACAUGAAGAAGACCAUGUGGAUCGAAGUGGGUCGUGUACCGGCCGGUGUGCAAAGAUUCCAAAUACGUGAUUUACAAGAGAAUCAUGAAUAUAUGAUACGUAUAUUUGCAAAGAAUGAAAUCGGUUUGAGCGAACCACUCGAAUCGGAGGAGCCAUAUGUGGCUAUCACUGCAGGACAUUUGAGUUUACCUGACGAACCGCGCACAGAAAUGAGUUCAUGCAACACAUCGUCGUGGCUACGUGACCAUAAUAUGGAUGCGGAUAUACAUUCGUAUGCACGCGGUAAACUGCUGCGCCGAGAUGAAUACUUCUUCCGCAUUUGGGCGAAGUUGCCAAAGAGCAAAAAGAAGAAGAAUUCAAAAUAAUUAUAAAAAACUGCGAUGCAUUGCAUUGCUAAUUUGCAUAAUUUGCAAAAAAUUGUAAAAAUCAUAAUAAAGAAAACAACAAAGCUAUGAAAGCUUCGAAACUACUAAUUUUACUAAAUCACUUAAUUUAUGUAAUUACUGAUAAUUUUCAUAUUUAUACAGCAUACUUUCCUAUGUGUGAAUGUAUGUGCACGUAAUUGUAAUAGUUUUUUGAAAAUGUUUUAUAUUCAUUCAGCGAUUUUAAUUAAUUGUAAUGUGUUGAUUAUGUAAUCUCAUUGAAAAUGUGUUACGCAAAAUAAUCAUAAAUCAUAAAUAUGUAUUUGCGUCCGAUAAUUGAAAUUUUUCCACAGAGGUUUAAAAAUGCGAGCGAAGAGAAUUUUUACAACCAAUGAAUUGUGAAGAAUUUUAAUUAAGGAGGCAAAUAUUAACGUAAAGUAUAUAAAUACCAAUUUUAGAAGACAUAAAAUAAUCGUAAAAAAUUUUGAAAUAUUUAAAAAAAAUUAAUUUCGAUAUCAUAUACUAUAUAAAUUUUAGUUUUGUUUAUUAUUUAUUAAAUCUGUGAUAAAUGUCAAAAUGUCAAAGAAAACAUUAAAAAUGUCGCAAAAUUUAUGAAAACGUAAAAAGAGAACAAGUGAACUAAAUGUAAAUUGUAAAUACAAUAAAUAAUAAUUGGUGCGAAAUAGUUAUUAUUUAUUGUAUAUUCCUAUUGAAAGUGAAGGAGAAAUUAUGAGUUCACUUUUUGGGAGACAUCAUCAAAUGCAAAUAUAGGUGCGAGCAUUUUUAAAGGGACUCACUUAAUUUCAACUUCACUUCAUGUCUGUAUUCUCAAAUUUACUUUUUGUACGUCAAAGAAAUUGUGCUUUGGUGCAUGCAUAGUUACUAUGUAUGUAUACUAUUGUAUAUUACGAAAUGUACAUGAUUGUUCUGAAUGCAUAAAUAAAGAUAAAAUAAUUUAAUAA